ACAGCUGGGUAUCUCUGCCUCUCUCGAAGUUGAGUAACAGCGGUAACGUCGGGACUGAGCAAGUUGCUGCAUGGAUUUCCCGGAGCUGCACAUAACUUAAGGUGAAGUUUACAUUCACGAGAGUGUUAAUAUGGAUGGUUACCUUUGUUUAACGUGUACUGUGUCUGUUUCGCCCUGUUUUAUCAGACACAAGUCUUUCCCCUUGAGUUAGUGAAUUAACGGUCGCUGUGUUGGGGAAACUUAUUCAUUGUAUGUGGCUCUUCUUCUUAAACGGCUGACCGCGACGAAACUGCAGACAGCGAGCUUUAAAUUCCCCCUUCUCUAAACGCGAUGUGCUUCGCUCACUUCGUGUCUGAUUCAAGCGACGGCUGAUUCAAGCAGAGAUUUCUUUCGGUGCCGAGAAUGGAAGUGUGUGAUUGUGUUUGCUCCGAGUCUGCGGCUGAAAGGUGUACGGUGAGCCAGGAUCCAGCAGCAUGGUGCUUUCUGGAAGUUUUUUCCACUCUGCGUCGUUGACUGCAGCUCUACACCGGGCUGUCUGCGCACACUGAUGCGGUGCCAAGUGCCAUGGUGGCAGUAGCUUCACUGGCUCACCAACUCACUCAACCUCACCAUGAUACCCAUGAAGGCUUUCGACUAAUUCGCUGUAAACAUUUUGCGCUGUGUUCAGGUGCGUACAUAUGGGUGGCCAGGGGUGACUCGGACUGCCAUUAAAAUAUACCCUUUUGGUGUCCCCCCGGAAUCUUUUAUUGUUGUUGACUAUUUGCAUUUCCCAGCCAGAGUGCAUCUCAAGUUUGUAUUAACUAUGUAGAUGUGUUAAAUUUUUCAUUUCUUUCGGUGCUUGAUAAGUAUUUCACACUUUUGCCAUAAAAUCUAGAAUACAAGACACACCUCUAUGUUAGAUGCAGUUUGUUUUUUUUAAGGGUUAAGGUCCCUUCACACCGGGACUGUUUUUGUCGUGCGAGUAUUUCGGACGUCAAAAUUUUUAUUUGAACCCGUAUCCUGUCAAUACAAGCGUUUACAUCAGCGACGUUUUCCUGUCCUGCGAUAUUGCGGCAUUUAUUUUUUUGGAUCAUGGUAAAUUUUUCAAAAGUUUUGCAUAUUGUGUGUCCACUUCUGACCAAUCAGAUUUCGUGUUGUUGUGAUGUCAGAUUCCCCCGUAUAUCCAACAUGGCCGACCGGCCGAUUGUUUAUGAUUGUUUACACACACAUUACAAAGAUUACAACCUGAAGGACAACUUGUGAAGAGUCAUAGCGUCAGAUUUCUGAUAUGACAAUGGUUUGUGUGCUUUAACAGUUUGCUAAAUGUCUUUGUUUUAACUUUCAUCUGUUCUAACAUAAACUAACGGCUGUUACCAUAGUUUCAUGUGCUUAUCUUAUCACCUCUGAUUGGUCAUAAAUGCUGACUGUUUGCCUUAGCAUGUGAUGAUGUUUCCAGCUUUUCUAGCCAAUCAGAGGCGAACGAGGCGGACUUUCCCCGCCGAAUGUGUACAAUGCUACUGCGCAAUGUUGGUGUCAGGAAAUGGAGAAAAAACGCGGAAUUACUGAGAGCUUUUUGGCUUCAAAUCUGUAUACUGGCAGAAGGCGGAACCAAGUUGUCCAUACAGUCUAUGUUUUAAACUGAAGCCACAUUGGCUGGUCUCCCUUUCUAUUUAUCCAGUGUGUUUUACUCAUGGAUGUAGAUGCUUGUUUCUUUGAGCACCAUAGUCUGGUUAUAAUACCAUAAAAAUUUCCCAUGGCAUUUUGUAUCAGUGUAAUGGUCUCAGUGGUAUAGAGGACCCACCGGCUCCCUAUUUAGUUGACAGAAUAGGUCUCAAAAAUGCAUCCUAUACACCAGAUUAAAGGGUUUUCUUCAGACAGACAGGAGUCAGUUCAUCACAAACAUAAGCAGACAUUUGCUCAUGUAAAGAGUUAUAAAGAUAAGUACACAGAAAUCUGACAUCUGCAUGUUACAUGAAUGUUAGUGGUGAGAACAGAUUUAUCAGUGGAGACAGGGAUAGUAUGUUUGCACACAUUCUCAGCACUCCUCCGUAAGUCAGUGCCUGUGUUGGCCCACCCCAGUCAGAGCAGUCUGGACAUGGUCCUGGCUGUGUUGGAAAGAACUCCACUGUUUUGACACAUGAACUUGCAGACAAAGAGGGACACUUGAGGGCACCCUCUUUGAAAAGUUUCCCUUAAACAGCUGUGAGUAAGAUUGACUGUGACUAUGCUUGAGGUGUUCUUCUGGUUGUUUUCAUGUGCUGGUCCAGUAUUCAAGAGAUUAAAGUGAUCUGAGAGCCAACUAAGCUCAGAUAUGCUGAUGCAGCUGUGAACACAGUUCUUGGCAAAUAAAUAGCAUCAUGUAUUUAUUAUACUGAACUCAGUGAGAAACCAGUGUUUUUGCCCUCACAUCACAUCUGAUGACCAUGCGGGAAAACAGUCUCACUGCAACCUACAAUGGACUCAAUGGCAAUUUGUCCUCAACAGCACUAAGGCAGUAAUGUUGAAACAGGACACUGACUCACUAGCUGCUCAUUCAAAGUUUCCAAGGAGCCUUACUUUUGGAGACGUGGACUUCCUUCUUAUGCUGAUUACUCAUUGAAUAAGUAAUAAUAAUUUGCUAAUGAUUUGAAUAAUAAAACACAGAAAAUUACUAAUACCCAGUCAAACUAUUAAAAACUACUAAGAACUAUAAUGGUGUUCGGUCUUAUAGCACUUUCAUAUAAAAUCACAGUGUAGGAUGAAGUGGUCGGCUUAUGUAAAAGAAAAAUAAAUAAAUGGCUGCUACUGAUUACUAGAAGUUCAUGAGACUAAAGGUCCUUUCACACCGGGACCGUUUUUGUCUUGCGAUUAUUUUGGACGUCAAUAUUAUUUUUCGAACCUGUAUCCUGUCAAUACAAGCGUUCACAUCAGCGACGUUUUCCCGUCCUGCGAUACUGCGGCAUUUAUUUUUUCGGAUCAUGGUCGAUUUUUCUAAAGUUUCGCAUACUGUGUGUCCACGUCGGACCAAUCAGAUUAUGUGUUGUUGCGACGUCUGAUUCACCGGUAUAUCCAACAUGGCCGACUGGCUGAUUAUUUACAUGUCGGAGAACAGAGAGUUAUUUGAUAAAACACAAAUAUUACAAAGAUAACAACCUGAAGGACAACUUGUAGAGAGUCAUAGCGUCGAUGGUUUGUGUGCUUUAACAGUUUGCUAAACUUUUUUGUUUUAACUUUCAUCUGUGCUAAGUAACUUUAGCUCGUAAGCUAACCUGUUCAGAUACAACAUACCAUAUGUAUUUUCACUGUCUCGAAUUCAAUCACAGCAUUGCUGUCACAGCACCAUUAGGUCUCGGUUGUUUCCUUAUGUUUAUGGAUUAUAGUUUAAUGUGCUUAUCUGGUACUGGCCCUGACUCAGGAUGCUAUGACAGACAGCCAUCUCAACACUAGUGUCUAAUCAGAACUGAAAAACACUCAGUCUGCUGUUGUGUCAGUCUUCUCGCUUCCACCCGGGACGCAUCUUUUUCCCCCUGGAAAGUCGCAAAAUCACAUCGGGCUUUAUGUGUAUAGUCAGGGGCGUCAAAAUUCUCCUCCGAAUAUUUCGUAAUUUUGCGUUCUAUAUUCGCGUUGGCCCCAGUGUGUAAGGACCUUAAUAACCGAUAUUUGGAACUGAUAUGCAUUUACUAUAAAAAUAAACUUCCUGUCAAAAUUUAGAAUGAGGAAUAUUACAGAAUCCAAAUUUCAAGACUUGUAAUUCGUCUAUCCGUACUAAGUCUUUGCAUAGUUUAUAAGUAGAAGAUGUAUUGUACAUGUUUUCUUGGCAGUGUUUCAAGAACUUUUCGUGACUUGGCCUGAACCUGACGUCAAAGUCUGUGGUGCUACUAGGCUGUUGAAGGACAUGUCCACCCAGCUGUUCCGAUAUUUGACAAUCUCCCCAGGAAGCUGUCUUACACUGACCCAGUCUGAAGUGUUAUGUUCUCUGUUCUGCACUUCGCUGAUUCAGUAUGUCUUUGCUCUUGGCUGUUUUCUCCUCCCAAAGACAAAGGCACCAGAAAACAAUGACAGUUUUUAUACUUUCAGGACCAAAAUAGACACAAUGUAGCUCAUUGUGCUCUACUCUUAACCAAUGACUUCUCUGCAAACAAAAGCUAGUAUGAGCUGGAUUUGUGUCUCACCUGUUGCUUAAACCUGGGACUGUCCCGUUGAUAAAGACCUUUCAUCAAGACUAGAACAACAAGCUGUGAGUAUCAUUAUUAUAAAGACAAAGAACGCAACAGUUCUGAGGGAUAACUUUGGGGUCACCUUGUGACUACAAAGCUGUGAAGAAAGUAACACCCCAUCUGUUGUCGACUUAAUAUUGUUGUAAAAGCAGCCAGAAUGUAAAAGUUCAGGCAGAAAGGGAUAGUGCUGAGAUGACGAGGGUUGUCAUGGAUGUCAGUACAAGAUAAAUAAAAGGGGUGGGAAUCACUAGUCGCUCUACGAUAUCAUGUUAUUACGUUACUUGAGCCAUGACACAAUAUAAUUGGGAUUUUAAACAACUUGCAAAACAAUGAGUAUUGCAAUACCAAAUAUUGCAAUUUAUAUACUUUUUUUCAACUUUGCUGAUUUAGCAUUUGUCUUUAUCUUAUGUUUGUCUUAUUUAUGCAAUACUUUGUUGUCACGUAGCAAACCUUAUGUGUCAGGUCCAUCUUAUUUGUGCCCUGCUGGCAUUCCUAAUGUCCUUCCCCAGGUGUUGCCAUGUUUGUUGUACUAACUGUCUCCUGCUCUAUGAUGUCCACCUCUGCCAACCUCACUACACAAACAAUUUAUUUAAUUUUUCUAAUGUCAUAGACUUGACCUCAUAUUAGCAAUUAAUUUGAAAAAAUCGAUAAUUUGUAAAUGAGAAAAUAAGUUAUAGCACCAGACAAAAUAUCGCAAUACUAUGCUGUAUCAUUUUUUUCCCCACCCCCUGUUAAAGAAGCUGUUUUUUUUUGCUGGAAGAGGAAAAAUACUUUUUUUCAAGAACCUGACGAAGAAAAUGCACUAAAAGGUAUUUUUAUAAAGGUUAGAAUAACAAGAAAAAUCUAUCUAGAUUAAAAUCCUGUGGUUAGACAGCAGAGUUUUAUUUUGAAAACAAGUUAGAGUUCAGGAAAGAAAGCUGUGAUGCUAAGGCAGAAUCUAUAAGUAGAAACAUAAACACUAACUGGAUGAUUUCUCGGGCCGUGGCCUAAGUGCAGCUAACUACCUCUGCUGCCGAUGAUUGAAGCACAUGGAUGCAUUUACUGAUGCAUCAUAUCUUUUUCUGGACAGAUCCAUUAUUAUAUCACAUGAUUUAUGUUUAUUCCUUUAAUUCCUUUUACUCCCUUUUGCCGCUCUUUUUAAAGUCUUUUUUUCAAGGUGACAUUAUUUUAUCUUGAGGAAACAAUGUCAGGAAUGUAAACUACAUUUUUAACUUGGUAAACUCCGUCUCAAAUGAGUGGGACCAGAACUAUAAGUUUCCGAGCUGUUUUUGGCCUGUGUGAGAAUGUUCAAGAGCCCAGAACCACAUUAAGAAGGACAAGGAUCAAAAGGUUAAACAGCUCUAGCCCAUGACAGAGGGACUUUUAUUGUCACUGUGACCGUGACUCUGCCUUUACACAAAGACCUCUUUCCUCUCUCCGUGGACCACUCAAGUGUGUUAUUCAUUUGCCCGGGAAAAUAGACUCCUCUCUUCUGCCCUGUUGGCCCCAGCAGCUCGUCUCAUCCUCCAGCUCUCAACAGGAUUUACUAAAGAAACUUUUAACCUCAUCAAAGGGAUAAAAAAUGAUCUGAUUGUAUCCCCUGCUGCUAGUUUCCAUGCGAGCUUUCUGGUUUAUGAUUCAAAAGACAUCAUCCAAAAGUGAUGCUCCUGACAAUCACUCUCUAACAGUCAUUACGAUCUGACUAGCAGAGCUGAUGUUUGGCCUCAGGAGGUGUUUGCGCUGCUUUCUGCAGAGCUCAUCUGCUCUACAGUGAUUGAAAUGCUCUUUCAGCCAGGAUGCUGAGGCUCGACCAGCUGGCUGUUCUCUAACUGCUUUCUGACAGGCUAAUAUACCCCCAAGCUAACACGGGAUAAUCACCCACUGUCGAGGACACCAAGCUACUUAGGCAGACUGAAAGCUUUGCAGUUUUAAUCAGUCGUAGGCUGUGUAUCUCCUGUUCUGAGUGCUCCCUGUGCUUUCUAAGUGUACCUGGAUUCUCAAAGAAUUACACUCCGCUUCUGAGUGUGUUUUUGAAGACAGGUGCUGGAUUAUGUAGUGAAUGUGAUAUAUUUUCUUUGAGCGACCUCCUCGUUAUAGAGAGGGUUAAAGAGCUUUUGCUGGAAGGUUCUUUUUUUUUUUGCAAGGGGGGGUAUUACUUUAAGCUCUAUGUCCUCUUCAAAGCAUUGUGGGCUGCUGUUGCUCUGGUAUCGUGUAGCCAUGAACAAUCACAGGUAUGUGUUCUGUACAAUGGAUGUCUCUCACAUCAGAAAAGUACGGAGGACACUGACUUUGGUGGGAAAGCAAAACUUUGUGGCUCACAUGAGAAUUCUGCUUUUCUGCAGGUUUUUAACUUUCUUAGGCUAGUUUAAGUCAAAGAGGUGAAGUUAGUUUUUCGUUCUUAGCCUUUAAAGCUUUUUGUUUUUCAGUUUUUUUCUAGACUUUUUUUGAUGUCAGUGCUGUAAACAAGACUGUCCACGCACAGCCAAACCAUGUACUGUGGCGCCAGAUGGUUAUAGGAAUGUAUAUAAAGAAGGAAAUUAACCACAGUUCAGCAAAAUAGCUUUACUGAAUUGAUUAUGAGCUUCCUUAGGUUUGCCCAGCAUAGAAGCGAAAGAUAGCCUGACACCCCCAGACCAUGCCUUUGGGAGUGAUUGUAACGACCUACAGCAAUUCAGAUCAAUGCAGCAUGUGACAUAGCACACAGGUAAAAAAAAAAAAACAGUGGUGUGUAGAGGAAAGAAAGGCACCUUUCUUACAAUUGAACUCUGGAUGUGCUGUUGUUUGUCCAUGUUUGGUUGAAACCGUAUCGUCUGGUCUUGUAUUGUCUAGUCUCAUCUUGUAUCGUGGGUAACCCAGUGAUUCUCACCCUUCUAUUGGACCAUGUUGAGUUCAUAAGAAAGCUCAUUUUGUGAUUUGGUGUCGUAUGAAUAAAAAAAAAAGUAAUCAUAUAACAAGACUAGGGGUGUCCCCAUACGACAUUGAUAUCGGAUAUCGCUCCAAUAUCAGCCAAAAAAUAAAGAAUAUCGGAUUAUAUCUGCCUGCAUUUAAAAUCUCCGAUAUCAGCACUCCAAUACAAAUAGUCCAUUCCAGACUCCGCUCUGGCACCUCUAUCAAGCAGCGCCUUGGUCCAGCAAGCUGAGCCCAUAAAAUCACAACAACAGUGUGUACUAAGGUACUAACAAAGUAGCAAGGAGUAAGAGUGAUGUCGGCCUUGUGGCAGUAUUUUUUGUUUAUGUCUGAAAAAGACGUUGCAGCUGAGUGAAAAACUUGUCAUGCAUAAUUUUGUGUCAAUAUCGGUAACGGUCAAUAUUGGAGGCUACAAUAUUGCUAUCGUAUCGGAAAUCAAAACACCUCUGAUUAAGACAUCUUUAUAAUAUUAUCUGAAGUUUUCAUCACUCAAGUUUUGAAGGGACACACAGCAUCGGAAAAUACUUUGUGUGGGAAUCUGCAAAGACAGGAAGGAGUACUUUCUGAACAUUUUUGCCAGUUUUUUUUUCACGAGUGUUUUUCUGAAUUGUCGAGUCUUCCUUAUAUGCAUUAUAAGAAAUAAUGUUUACUCUUUAAAUUAUCUGUCUGCAGGAAAUGAGAUAAAAACAUGUCUGCGCUGAAGUCGUACCAAUUGCCAUAGGGGAUUAAUGUAAUGUGAGCUGUUAGCUUUACAUUGACAGAACCCAUGCUGGCUUCCUCUGUUUCCUUUGUCUCUGUAUGAAUGCCGAUUCAGCAGGAGUUCAUUUGUCAGAUCUGCGUGCUUUAUUUUUCUGUUAUCUUUAGGCAAACAUUUAAACCACUUGGGCCUCACACAUUUGCUGCUGAAGUGAAUGAGUCCCUCAAGCAGUAAUCAUUGUAAAAACAGUGAGCUCAUUUGUUGAAACAGGAGGGGAGAGAGAAAUGGUAAUGGUAAAUUUGAUGGGGAAAAAGUGUUAUGUAUUUUCUUGCUGUGUGCUUUUCCCCCGAGAAAAUCAUUCACCAAUCAAAAGCCGCACAACACCUGCUUACAGAGACUGGGAAAAUCUUACAAGUGCUAGAAUGAACAUCAUUAGACCACCAUAACUCACUAACAGCAGGGGGAGAGGGCUGAACAUUAACAAACCUGUCUGGUUCCUGGAUCACUCGUUGACGGGAAGCAGAGGAGUACCAAAGUUUUUUCCCAGCUCUCUGCAGGGCUGCAGGGUCAAAGUCCAAACAGUUCCCCUGUAAUAGUGCUCUGAGCCAGCUGGGCUGGAGAGAAAGAGCGCUUACAGGCUCUUAUAAUGGGCCAGAGCUCAAAGAAAAGAUGACAGCUACCCUACCAACAAGGAAUGUCACCUCUGUGACAUUGUUAUCAUUCAGCUUUUUCUUUGUUUCGGACACCAUGGCAGCUUUCUCACAGUUGUUGCCGGGGAAAUUUACCAGACCAGCAGGAUUUAACUCAAACAGAAUGUGACUGUAAUUUCAGUCACUCUGUUUCCCAACCUGAGUUCAUUUACUAUUUGAGUAGCAUCUGUUAAAAAUGCAACAAGCUGCUAACACCAUUCUCACUCUGUAGCAUCAUGAAAGUGACACUCAAGAAACAAGGUCCUUGGACAGCAUGGUGCACGGCUGAGCUUCUGUCGGGAUCAGAUCCUCUUCAUGAACUCUGUUAGGUGUAAGAAGCUUCAAACUUUUUCAAUUCGUGCAUAUACAUCAUAUCGUUAGUGUUCAUUUAAUAUCUGAGCUGAUCAGAGACAUGAAUAUCGCCCAUCUUCAGUUUUUGCAGGAAACUGCUCCCUGCCAGAGUGUGUGGGUGCAUUGGCACAGGUUCAGUUCUCCAGUGGCUUGCUCGGCCAACUGUGUCCCUCUUUAAUUUUCAUUCCCUGCUCUGUAUUUUAGUCAGUCAAACUUAGAUAUAAUGCAACACAAUGGAUGAAGUCUAACCACUGCACAGCACUUUCUAAAAUUAGAAAUCAUUUUGUAAAGUAUAGGGACAAACUGUACAAGUGGCUGUCAUUUGUCCGUCUGCUUUUAUCAUGCAACACAGGGAUGAAUUAAUGUGUCUUUUCUCUGCGGAAGUUCUUGUAAGUGUUUUAUGCACUGAUGGUGUCUGGUGAUUGUGUUUAGUUUGCACUUAACUUUUAUUUUUUUGUCUGUAGAUGAAAGUUACAUCAGACCUCUGGUGACUCCAAAAAAGUGAGCAAAUAUUUUGUAGCCUCUAAUGCAUUUUUUUUAAAAUUAAGAACCCCUGAACAAAAACCAAACAUUUCUAUUUUCCAUGGUAGAAAAAUGAUGGUAGAUAAAAUACUGCUUUAAUCGUUCUGCUGCGUUUUGUUUAUGAUAUGUGGUUGGCAAAACAAUACAAGGUGAUAUUGGUUCAUUUAGAACAGUGAGAUGAGUAGAAAUCAAUACAUCAUUUCUUUUGAAUGUGUGUUGAGUACAUAACUGGACAUCUUGGACAGUGUAGUUAGGGUAAAGUUCUAGGCAUUAUUCAUCAUUAGGGUAGAGUUUGUGAUGAUUAUGUUGAGUUUUGUGCAUGUGUCACACAGUAAAGUGUUGAGGUCUCUAGGGCUGUAAAGUUCUAGUCGACUGGUUGACUUAUUGGUCGAUCCGUGCUGAGUCGACUAAAAUUCUGAUCGGUUGACUCGAUUUUUUUUUUCCACAUCAAUUUACAGUCGAAGGUUAAUUUCAUCAGGAGGGACGUACCAAGUGCUAAUGGGGGUGUUUUCAGAGCACCCCCAUUGUUUUCACCAUUUUGGAUUUGCCCAACUCACUGGAGACCGGCUGGAGAGAGGAAGAUUGAAGAGUGUCCAUGUUAGUCGAAGUCCGGUGGUUUGCUGAAUAUAAUAUUUGUGUUGUAAUUGCUUUCUUGUGCUGAAAUCAGUAGGGUAUAUUUUCACCCCACCGAGCCGCGUCGUCUUCUGCCGCAGAAGAGUUUGCCGUCAGAGUUGGAAAAAUCCCCCCAACCCCCACCCCAAUUAGUUGAUUUUUGGUUGAAAAUUUCAGGGUUUUAGUCGAUCAAGAAUUUCUUUGGUUGAUUGCAGCCCUAGAAGUCUCCACUGGUAUGAGCUUCAUUCAACUCUUUUUAUAUCUCAUUUUGGAUCAAUAUGAUGAGAGGCACUUACUUCAGGGUUUUAACAUGAAAUCCCUCCACUCAGCAUGACGACAACUUGUUCAGCACGGCAGCUACAUCUUUUCAUCAAUCUUCAGAUUUUCUUGCAGCACAGAUAUGUAAUAUUGUUUUUGAGGGUGACUUAGUUUGUUGUGUCUUGGCUUUGAAGUUUGGUUCAUUUCACAGAAACUUUACAACUCUGCCGUAGGGUCACAUUUUUGAACAGAGAUCUGGGAAUAAAUUAAGUUCCUAAGUAAAGCUCCAGAUUUGGUUUUAUCAAAAAACCAAAGGUGUGCUUGGAGUCCUGCACCCCUACAUUACACCUAAUCCUUUUAGUCUAAUGAGUUCAGAAUAGUCUGGCUACAGUCUCUGCACCCAUACUCUAUUUAUCGGGCCCUUGCCUACUUGUCAUAAAAGUGUGGUAGAUUGGAAACCUGCAUCGUCCUCCAUCAACUUCAGCAAAGUGCUUUUAACAAAAAAACAAGCUCCUGAUAGCUGACAAGGCAGCACUUAGUGGCUUUUUGGUGAGAGAAAACAACAGACCAACAGUUUCACUCUCACACCCCCUCUGCUAGUCUAAUUCAAUUUAGCGACUUACUUAGUUCGCCCACAUGGUUCAAGUGUGGAGGGGGACUGUGUGGCAUUAAUGGCAAAACAGCCUGAGGUCCAGCUCUCACGAAAGGCGGGAACAGACUGAAAACGAGUCUUUUCUAUAACUCCCCAUAAAUGAGAAGCAGUAUUUGAAGAGUUUGACAUGGCUGCUAAGGCUCAGUGAAGUCCAGAUGAGACGUGUACGCACCCUGGAGCAGGGAUAACACAGGCCUGUCCUCAGACACUUUCCCAUGGUGAUAAGGACUUGGCCAGAUGUUUGCAAUUCAUACUCACACCCCUCUCCUCAACUCUCUUCAGCUCAGGGAAAACCCCAGAAGGUGUGUGACAUGUUAACGCAAAGAGAGCAGGUCUGGUGAGGUGUUUAGUGGGCCAAAUUUCGAAUGACCCUGCCACCUUCUGAUAAUUUGCUACAGAAACUACCAGAACACCUCAAUCCAAGGGGACAGUGAAGGGUUUUCAACUUGAUUUAGCGCUCUUUGAAGUUUGGCUGUGUGAAUAGGAAAAAGAGCAUAUUAUAAGACACCACAGUGUUCUCUUUCAUGUUGCGAGCUGAAAGGGAUGCUAUUGAGUGUUUGAGGGAGUCCUUUGAUAUAUGAGAUGCUCAGUGCCUUGUGAAAGGACCAAGCUUAUGAUUUGAGUCAAUAUCAGCGAGUGUGUGUCUGUGUGUGUGUGUGCGCUUUGAUGCCGGCUCCUGCCAGUUCCAUGUUUUGUCAGAAAUGUGUCUUACAGCAGGCUUAUUGGAUCAGCCAUGGUGUGUCUCAGACGGUCCUACAGCUCAAAUAUGUGUGAAAAGACGCCUGCUGUGCAUGCACACAUGUAUAGAGUACAGUCACACACUCACACACAGCCUCACCCUGGUUCACAGUCAACAGCGCUCUGAUUGUGAACUUGUUUGUGUAGUUUCAUCUCCAUAGUUUUAUUCAGGGUUUACAGACCGUGAUUAAAAUGAAGGAAGGAGCACUUUGUCUUGAUUAAAUGUUUCUUUGUUGGGAAACUAAAGAGCUGAUGAUGGACAUUUCUGAUUUCCCACAUGGCCUGGAGUAGGCUUCCCCUUUCACUUCAGCAUUUUUGGGUUGAGCACACAAAUGUAAGCCCUUCCCUGUGUUGUGUUAUUGUACUUUUGUAAUGUUGUUUUUCAAUGAACUUCCAGAGAAGUCUCUUUCGUGUGAUUACUGGUCUUCUUAAGAUCAAAAUGAAACUAUUUAGAUGUUGUGUGAGUUCACAGGAAAAAGCAUAGUGGAUUGGUGAGUGUGUGUGUGACUGUGUGGGGCAGGGGGGGGUUCAUCAGGCUUUCCUGUGUGUGCUUGAAGUUUCAGAGGGAGGGAGAGGACUUUGCCCUUCUCUUCCAUCUUUACCAUCUGGUUUGUGUAGCAUUUGACUGAGGCGUUAAUCAUUGUGCCUUGGGGCCACUCCUGCUCUCAAAACAGCUGGAAAAGGGAGAUGGACCUGUUGAUGUCCAUCUGUCCAUACGUCUGUCUGGCCUCCGUGCGUGGCUGUAUUGAGUGUAUCCAUUGCAGCUGGAGGGGUCGUGACCUUGGUGUUUCUAGUUUCUUUGAAAACAGCUGGAAAGGUUCCCUGGUACGUCUCCAUCUAUUUGUAAUGUUUCCCCGCUCAUAACUUCUGACAGGUCAUCCAGCGUUUCCUGGCUACCAAACUAUCUCUGAGUGUGCUUACCUGAUUUUUUUUAAUGUAUGACGCCAGUACUUACAAAGACAGAUGUGGAGGAUUUGUGGAAGUUACUAUCAGGUCAGUCGUCUAUCAGUUGAUGUGUUAUGUGUCAAAACAGCUCGCAAAGCACGUUAGCAAGAGGCUAACGUGAUGUCACUUUGUGCCGUUUGUUCGGAAAGUUUUGACUUUUUUUUACAUCUUUUCUUUGUCUAUCAAGGUUUUGUUUAAUACCUGACUUCCUAGCAACUCAUCCCUGCUGUUCAAACACUGGUCAGUUUUAGUGUCAGCCAGUUUCAUUUGAAUUGAGCUUUGUUAGUCUGCCUAUGAGAGGCUUGAUUUCAGUCUUUCAGAGUAAAGGUCCUUUCACACCAGGUUCGUUUUUGUCGUGCAAUUAUUUCGGACGUCAAUAUUUUUUUUCGAACCUGUAUCCUGUCAAUACAAGCAUUCAUAUCAGCGAUGUUUUCCCGUCCUGCGAUAUUGCAGCAUUUAUUUUUUUGGAUCACGGUCGAUUCUUCUAAAGUUUUGCAUACUGUGUGUCCACUUCUGACCAAUCAGAUAGUGUGUUGUUGUAACGUCUGAUUCACUGGUAUAUCCAACAUGGCCGACCGGCUGAUUGUUUACGUGUCUGAGAACAGAGUGCUUUAUGAAAAAAGACACAAACAAUACAAAGAUAAUGACCUGAAGGACAACAUAGCGUCGGAUUUCUCAUAUGACGAUGGUUUGUGUGCUUUACGCCUUUGUUUUAACUUUAUCUGUGCUAACAUAAGCUAACGAUUGUUACCAUGGUUUCAUGUACUUAUCUUAUCGCCUCUGAUUGGCUAUAAGUGCUGACCAUUUGCCUUGAGCGUGUAAUGACGUUUCCAGCUUUUCUAGCCAAUCAGAGGCAUAGGAGGCGGGACUUUCUCCAGGAUGCGUCUUUUCCCCCCCAGAAAGUCGCAAAAUUGCAUCGGGCUUGAUGUGUAUAGUCAGGCCUGUCAAAAUUCACCUCAGAAUAUUUCGUAAUUUUGCGUUCUAUAUUUGCGUCGCCCCCGGUGUGUAAGGACCUUUAUGUGUCUAUAUGCAUUUUAAAAGUACAGUUUUAGUCAGACUAUUGCAAGAAACCAUUUUUAUUGAUUAGUUAAUGUUUUUAGGUAACAAACAGAAGGGAUGGGAGAAAAAAUCGAUACAGCAUAGUAUUACAAUAUUUUGUCUGGUGAUACAUCACAUCCUCUCAUCCACCAAGAAUUGAUUUUUUUUAAUUAAUUGCAGAUAUGAAAUCAAAUCUAUGAUAAAGGAAAAAUAAAAUCAACUGUUUGUCCAGUGAGGUUGGCAGAGGCGACAUCAUAGAGCAGGAGAAAGUUAGUACAACAAAUAUAUAAAAGGUUUGCAAGAUGUGCUACAUGAAAGUGAAAUACAGCGCAAAUAAGACAAACAUAAAAAAAGCCAAAUGCUAAAUUAGCUAAACAGUUGAAAAAAUGUUAAAAAUCGCAAUAAUAUCGUAUCGUGGGCCAAGUAUCGUGAUAAUAUCGUAUCGUGGUUCCACUGGUGAUUCCCACCCCUAACAAACAGUGUUGCUCGUACUGUAAGUAGAAGAUGAGUGUGUGUUGGUACUUUAAAUGAAACCUUUAUGUAAGAUCUCCAGAGAGCGUGUCUCAAAGCACCAAUAUCCCCUAACUAACAAUGCACCCAGUACAGACUGACUCCACAUCACACCACAGCUCUCCUUAUUUGCAUCGCCAGGGUUAGAUAAACGUGUCUCAGUAUUCUGCACAAAAAUGUAAAUUUUUUAUGUGAAUAUGAUAGAGUGGGACAUGGUUUAGCUCUGAUAUAAAGUUAAAACCUAUGAGUGUCACUGUCUGCUAACUUAUAAAACUUUUUGCACAAUGAGAAUAACAUGGUGGUAAAAUUUACAGACAAAGAAACACAAAACCAAAACAAAGAGAAAAAGAUAAAAAGUAAAUGUAAAUGUCUGGAAGAUUAAAAUUCAAGGAUCAGUGUUUUUUUUUUUUAUUUAACUUGGAUAAGAUUGACUCCUGCAGGGCUCAUGAACAUUGUGACUAGCCUCCUGAGAUGCCCCUCCCCCUUUUGUCUGACUGGGGAGACUUCAUCCUGUGAGGGGACAAUAUGUCUAUCCAGGUAAAAGUUGGGGUCAGGGCUCCUGAUAUCCUCCAGAAAUUUUCCAUAGUGCGUGUCUAUAAACAGCUUGAGUGAUAUUUUUUCACAGAACUGAUGAAUUUGGGCUCCUCUGUGGCAGAUGGUAUAUUUACGAAGUUCGAUGUGUUACUGAACAGCGAUACAUUCAUGGCAUGUGCGGAAUUACAUUUUUGGGUUUGACCUUGUGAGUAAGAGAUAAAAUUUUUAAAGUUGCAUGCUUUAGUCCUGAAAUGUGGUAUCCAGGGAAAAAAAGUUUUAAAUAGUCAGAUCAGGCCUUGAGGAAGUGUAAAGUGGCCGUAUGUAAAGUUUGAUUUGACCCUGAGAGAGACAUGAUGGGCUCCUCUCAGAUUGAUUUUUCAUUAUUUAUGACCCGGAGGCAGCUACAGCAGUGUGCAACAGAUGGCCCGGUCUUAGUGAAACACUGGAGUCUUCAGUUUAACAGGGAUGCGUCAUAGAGUCUUGAGGCAUUUAUUUAUUGUGGUUGUGUAGAUAAGCCCUGAGUCAAUGAUAACUGUCUGGUACUCUCAGAUAGUCAUUAGAGUUGUGCUAAUCCUGACGCUGUUACAUGUUAAAGGCCAUCAGGCAUAUGUAUGGACGCUCUGUGUUUAAGCAUCAGCAUCACGUAUUUACUUAAAGGUUAAUCUGCUGUGGAGGCACACUGCAAGUGAUUGAUCCUCUCCAUCCCCUCUUUGGUGCUAUGUAUAAUGUGGGUGACAUUUAAGCUUUAUUGGGUCCCUGCUGCUAUGUCAGGAGAAGUGGCCCUUGAGUUCUAUUCUUGCUGCACUGUUUUGGUUUCCUUGGUUUAUCAAAGCAUGGAGCAGUGUGUUGUAGCUUAUUAUGGGCAUGUUGGGUUUGGCCAGUGCUGGAGACGCAGAGGUUUUGUGGAGAAGGCUACCAUGGAAUUAAAUCCUUCUUUGCCUGCACAGUGCGUGUGCAUCUUCAGCCAGAGCCGUAGUCAAGCACACACCCCAUGUAAACAAUAGAAAAACUUUGAGAUUUUCGUGCAGCAUGAUUUAUUUUGUUGCGGGGACAUUUGUAGUACGAGCUGUCAGCUUAUUGGGAGAGUAAGUAUCUGGUAUGUGUGGAACUCGAGGCUUUCAGGGCUUUAGGAUGGAGCCUCAUUUUUUCAGUGUAUGCCUCAUUAUUCUUACUUCCACUCUGCUCCCUCGACUGGCAAGAUGGCUAUCUGGUUGUUUUGAAUUAUUUGGCAAUUAUGUGGCCAGAAGGGUGUGUUACUCAAAACAUGCUUGGUGCUCUGUAAUGACAAACCAUUAAGAAAAAAAACACACCUCUAAGUCUGAGUCUGACUUUGUUGGGUUUGUGUGCAAGCUUAUUAUGCCCGAGAUUUGUCUGAACUAACGAUUUGUGAUGGGCAAGGCAUCUUAGGUAAGACAGGACACGGGCGUUUUUAGCCGAACAAGUGGGGACCCGGCCUUUCUCCAAAACCGGAUUUUCAGAAUUCUCUUAAUUCCAGACUGGCUGCUCCUCUAGCAGAGGAGAAGUGCUGCCAGCAGCAGCCCCUCUCCGCACUCUGUCUUCAUAUUGAUCUGCCUCCAGGCUCCACAAAUGGAGAUUCCUUAAAGCCAGCCGUAGUCUAAUGACAUUACUCAACACACCCUUGGCUCCCCACCCACCCACCACUUCCCACCUCCCCCACCCUCCCCAUUUUAGAUCUCCCUCCGCUCCACUUUUUUUUUCUUCCUCUCACUGUUAUCUAAUUAAAAGCUUUUCCGUAGAGGGCUGCUCUCGGCCUCCAGGCAUGGGGGGUACAGAUAUGGCUGCAAGACAGGGUCGGAGUGAUAGUGUUUGAGUGUGUGUGUGCACGCGAGCAUUUGUGGGUGUAUGUCUGUGCGUGUGAGCAUGUCCGUGUCCGCUCAAAUAGGCUUAUUCUUGGCUGAGCCGGUGAACCCAGAAACGGGUUAAAGCAGUCCGUGGACUAGUGGUCGUGCAGGAGUGUGAGCUUAUGACUAGACUGCAGAAUGGAAGGUAAUGAGAGAAGGUGGGAGAGCAGCUCCUGACCUGAUAGGCAGCUGAACAUGAUACUGGGUCAGGGGGGAUAAUACAGAACUUUUAGGGAGUGGUUAUAGAUAGUGAAAGAGUAAGGGGAUGGGGGAGUGGCCUGGUGUGGGGUUGUGAGCUGAUAUCAGUUCAUUCUUUGUCUCCUCACCUUUUGUUGCGCUCCCGUCUUACCCCACAGGUGAGUGUUUGAGAGCUGCUGCGCUUUAUUUAUAUUCCAAGUCAUGAUUUUACCUUCGGUCUGUACGCACAGACAAAACCUGGAAGGUAAAACCGGAACGAGUCAUUUUUGAAACUGACAGAGGCAGACAGAAAGCGCCAGGAUUCCUCAAGUGCUUUGGGAUUUUCCCAAUUCCCACCUUACAGGCUGAAGCACAGAGGAGAGGGAGGGAGGGAGGGAAGGAAGGAGGGAGGGAGGGAGGGAGGGAGGGAGGAAGAAUAAUGGGAGGGAUGCAAAGGAGGUGGGCUAAACGAGAGAGGAGGGAAUAGGGGACACAAAAAGCAGCAGGAUAAAAAAAGAGUCAGACUCUUGAGCACAGAGUUGAAGCAGGUGGUCAACAGAGUCAGCGCAGAUUAUGCUCCCGACAGUGAGUGAGUGGACUGUGUUGAUUGGAUAGAGAGUGAGCAGCCUUUAAAAUAGAUUAGAUGCUCAAUUUUCAGCGAUGCAUGUCUCUUGAUGGACCUUUGAGCUCCACUCCAUUUGCUGGUGAGUGUCCUUUUCCAGAAAUAACUCCACUUCUUUAUGUAUAAUUUUUACCACUACCGUACUUUCUCUCUUAAUGUCCGUGUGUGAAAGGCCUUCUAGGAUAAACAGGAGAGUAUACACGCUUGAGUGUAUUCCUCUGUUAUUUCCAAAUGGACGGCACAUGCAUGUGGGAUUUUUGGAAGCUGUCACUCAGCCAAGCGUGAUGAAUUUCCUCUGAAAGUGAUGGGCUCAUUGUAGCGUAUACAAUGAAAGUGUACAUCUGUAUUGUGUGUGCUAAUAGCAGUGAAAGGUCAGCCUUAUCUCCUGUAAUAAAAGCUCUAAUUCAGGCCCAGUUUUUGACAAAAAGUCCUAAUGUGAUGUUUUCAUCACUUUUUCCAGGAUGUGCUUGAUCUACUCAGUGAGAGGGCUGUUAGCUGAGACAAAUUUAACCAAAGAAAAAGCUGAAAAAGCCUUAUUUAACACCCUGAUGUAAGUUGAAUCAAGUUUUAUGAAAGAUGUAUCACAGAAAUGAAUGUCUGCUGACAGUAAAUCAGCACUAAGUUAUGUUGUGAUAGAUUAAUAGGGUUUAACAUUGGCCGUGAUAAAAUAGAAGGGUGUGAAUUUACUGUGUUAUUAGAAAAUUAAUCAGAGGAUGUGUGCGGACUCACUCUGUGUCCAUCAGUUACAGCACAGUAUUAAUCAGACAUACAAUCUUACAGCACCUGAAAGGUUGUUUAUUAAUCCUUGUUAAAAGUCUGACUGCUCUAUUAACUAAGUGUAAACACACUGAUCAUGCUUGAAUGCAAACUCAUUAGGAGUUUGCAUUCCCUCCUCUAGGCCCUUUCACCUUGACACAAUAGGUUUGCAGUGACUGGAAAGCCUCUGUCCGCGGGGAGGCACGUUAUCAGCCGCAUUGACUCACAAGAGGCUGCAUGGCUGAACUCUGCUGCUCUCCAUUGUUGUGCUAUUUGCAUGGGACAGAAUGAUAACAGUCACUCCCUGAGCCGUUGCUGGAUUCACGCUCCUGUGUGUGGACCGAAGUGCAGGCUAGUCUGGAUUUACUCCAUGAAACACACACACACACACACGCACACAAACUCCCUAAUACCACACUAAGGCAACCAAACCUAAACUGCAUUCCUCUGAGUGCUCUCUGUCCUGAUAAGUGUGUGUGUGUGUCUGGAUCCAUGCUGAUUAUUAGAUGGACAUUGUUUUCCUUUAACACUUAGUUUUGACUCCACAGCCUCUUUCUGUGGAAACAGUAGAUCUUAACAGUGUUUAAGUAUUCCUGCUGUAGUAACAACAACAUCUGUCUCUAAGAACUUUCCUGUAUUGUUUACAGUCCAGUUGGCAGCUUGAGGAGACUGUGUGGUCUGAUCAGAAACAAAGUAAAGUUUGUCCCUCUGUUGACUCUGAUUCAUCACAUCUCCCAGAAAAGCGCCAGUUCAUGUGUUUCUGGUGGGUCUCAGCUUCACUGUUAACAAUAAAGCUACACACUCUGGUUUUUAAAUAGUUUUUGUGUGACUUACUGUGAUUAACAGUUCUCUAUUUGUUGAAAACACAGCAUCAGGAUGCAGCCUUUUAAAUUGACACACACACACACACACACACACACACACACACACACACACACACACACACACACACACACACACACACACAUUGUUAGAUCAGUUUUUAAGAGGCAAACUAGAGAUGCACCAAACCGUUUUUUUUUAAGCUAAUUCAACACCGAUACCUGAGCCGAGCAUAUCGGCCGAUAUCCGAUACUGAUCCAAGACUAUUGUUGAAUGAAUGAACUGUAUACCUUGCCUUGUGAGUGAAGGCAUCAGGUUUGACAGUAGCCUUGUUUAAAAAAAAAAUAAGGCAACAAAUUUACACAGAUAUACAUUUACUUAAUAUCAUGUAUUAACAAAUAACAAAUUGGACAUUAGCACACAGCAAAAAGAAGUAAAAGUAAAAGUAAAAAAAAAAAAAGAAGUAAAAAUAAUUAAAAGAAAAGAAAGACUGGAUCGGAACGCUGGAUUGGCGUCGUUCAUCAGAUAUCCGAUCCAGUUAAUUUGUCAAUAUCGGAGCCGAUAUCCGAUCCAAAUAUCAGAUCGGUGCAUCCCUAAGGCAAACUCCCUAAAGUUUUACAGUGUUUGUUAGUUGAAUGGAGGUUUGAUUGAUGAUUGCUGAUGCUUGUCAGGAAGUCGAGGAAUCGUGAUUGGUCUUCAGCUUUAAGCAGGCUCUUGCUUAAGUUUAGAUUUUUGUACUCGAAUAGAGUAUUGGCUGUCCUUGCAUGCAGGCACGUCCAUAAGAUGAGCCAAAUGUCUUCAAAUUGCUGUUGAUGGGAAGGUGCUCAGGUGAAUAGUUUGACUUAUUGAGUUGUGCUCUGUGUCCACUCACCGAUCCCAGUGAUUCUGAUGCCAUUAUUUUUUGGAGAAGAAGAACUUUGAUGUUAAUUGUUAAGAUAUAUAGACUCUGAUUUGUUGACCUCAGUUUGAAAACUAAAAUGUGAUGAAAUGUUGCGACAGCUAGCAACAGCUGCUUUCCCCUUUGCAUGAAAUGUCUUCGCCACAUGUUUCUCUUGAUUCCUCUAUCAUUACCUCUUAUCGUGAAUCUUUGCCAAACUUUCGAUCACUCCCUGUCCACCAUAAUCCUCUUCUCACAACUUUAAAACAGCAUCACAAAUGAUGUAAUGGUGCUUCGGCACAGUAUGCCCUGGCGGAUAACCAAAACUUUUGCAGACUGUAAAAUUCUCUCAGAGAUUUAAUCCUGAAAGAUUCGUACUGCUGUUCGGAAGAGGGAACAUUGCUUGAUCUGAGAUAUUUUAAAAUUGAGAUAAACUUUCCCUUAAACCCUUGAUAAAGAGCUUUAAAUACAGUAUCUAAACAUGCUUGACAAUGUAGAUUGAGUGUAUGUGGAGGUGUGUAAUUUAGUGAGCAUGUGAAUCAAUGACAAAGCUGCACCACUUGAGAAGAACACAUGAACGCUUCUUUGGAGGAUUGUGCUCUGGCUGUUUUUUUCUAUCAGGAUUUUUCUAAAUGUUUUUACUACAUUUAAAAAAGCUUAAUAUAAACAUACUACAGAAAGAAACCUGAAAACUUUUAUACCAAAGUUCAGUCCUGUAGGUACGAAAAUCUGAGAACAGUUUAUGUAGAUCAUUGUGGACGCAAAAAUAACUGCAUCGGUUUUCCUCCAGAACCUGAUAUCAAACUCACUUCUUAAGAUCUCUUUGGAGGACACUGGUGGCAUUUCUCUCUCAGUAGCCAUGAACUAUUACUUUCCCGUCAUUUUUUGGGUCUUUUAAACUUCAGGGAUUUAUUCUGAGUCAUCGCCUUAAUUAGGUGCUGGGAUGGAAAGAGGACUUCACACUUUGGCACAGAGAUGAGUGUUAUUAGAACCUUCAAAGUAAGACAAGGUCAUCUCGCCUGCUCUGUUACGAGAAAUAUGUUGUUCUGUCGCACUUCUUUCAGAGGCCGUCCUUCAAAAUAACUGCUGACAGGUUGACUUCAUUGAACCAGGGUGGUGGACAGUACAGGAGGAGGACAUCAACUGCAGACGGCUUUGAAGGGUUUGGUCGGUCACAUGAUUCCCAGUGAAAGGCAGGGUCAGGGGUCACACUGACGGAUGUGGGCUUAAGAUUACAGGCUGGGGGGUAGGGUCAGCAAAGUCAGAGCUGCCUUUUAAGUGAGGAGAGGCCCAACACAAAUCAAACACUCAAGUUUUUAUUGUAGUAGUUAAGCAAGUUCCGCGUUAUUAUCCAGGUUGUCAGAAACAGAAGGAAAUGGUGUGUUUGGACAAAGGCUGCCAGAGGUUUCAUGGUGUCCUCAUCUGGAUGACAGACCAUGGAAAGAUGUCUAGCAGCUGGUACAAAGAGAGACAAGAAUAGAGAGAGACAUAAUGACUGAAAGAAAGCCCGGGGGACAGGUAAAUAUCUGCACAUUACAGAAGAUUAGUUGUUUUGUCUAUAAUGGAGGACCUCUUGUUCACAAAGAAAGUGUUUUUAAAGCAUUGUUGUACAAAAGCUCCAGCACAGUAUGUCCACACCAUAGACUGUACAAUUUGGCUCUGCCUCCGAUCAUUCUACGAAUUUGACGCAAAAUUGCUCUUGGUAAUUCUGGGAUUUUCUCCACUUCCUGGAACCACCGCUAGCGCAGUACACUUUCAGCGGGAGAGUCGCUGAGAUGACGCUCUGCUCAAACAGCGUUUCCAGGAAGAGCUACGCAAUCUUCAUAUGCCCGUUGGCUGUAUCAAGUUUCAAUCAUGCUGUUCUCUUGGAGGCUUCACCGUUCUAUAUACAGUCUAUGGUCAACACGCACUGUUAAGUGAAGCUAUGAUUGUGGUGCUUUUUGGCAGUUCAACUGGACUACUGUUCUUGUCCCAACCAGAAUGUAAGCUCUUGUAUAGGAUCAGUUUAUCAGCUGAAGUACGUCUGUCUGCAUUGCAGUGGGUGAUGAUAUACUCCCUUUCUGUAAGUCUACAGUAUGUGCUCUAUUAUGUCACAUACCAAAACAAUUGAAAACAAGUAAGCAAGAGGCUAACUGUUGUAUUUCAAGCAGUGAAAACUUUGAUGACUUUCAUCUCUAUACUGUUUGUAUGAAUACAUAACAGCGGAGGUAAGGAAAACUAGAUAGCGCUUGAGUUGUAGAAAACAAGUCUAAAUAUCAAGGUCUAAAUAUUGAUUAUUGGUCUCAUGUAGGUUAAUCAGUAUCAGCAUUGCCCUGGGAAACCAAUAUCAAUUAACCCCUAACUGUGUAUGUCUAGUUUUAGUCAAAAUGAUGAAGUAAAUUGAUUUUGUGUUAUAUUGUGAAAACAUAGCGGCUGAAACAAAGGCCCUGGAUUAGGUUCGUGUCCUCAGCCCUUUAGUGUUAUAUUAUUUCCUACUCUAACUACUCCUUUUUCAGCUCUGUCUGUCAUGUUAUCCUCUGGAAUAAAGGGAUGAAAUAGCCACAUAAAAAGUAGCUUGUAAAAAGUUACCUGGAAGUUACAUUUUAAUAUUGUUGAACCUGCAGGGGGAGUCCUGGUACAUAUGACUGUUUUUUAUUUGUUCUUGUCUCCAUUUCCAAGAGUGAUGGAAACAGUGGGAUACCUGGGGACACAGGGUUAAAGGCCCUUAAAUUUUGGACCUAGCUCAAUGAGUUUGCAAAAAAGGGCCUAAAGGCAGGACACCAUGGCUCUACUUGACUCUUAGCUCUGAUGCUCUCUGCUACUGUUUUGACUGUCAGUAACAUGAUGGUGCAAUGUGCUCCUCUGACCUCUGAAGGUCUUCCAAAUGUGUCUCACAUUGACUCCCUAAGGCAGGAGCUGACUGACUCAGGGAGUAAGAAAUUCAAACCAUGAUGUGUCAGUUUUGUGUGGCCUCAUGGCUAAUGAUUUUCAGCCUCCAGAGGACAAUGGUGUUACCAAAAGUCUACGGCAAGUUCAGGUAUUGUUGGAAAUGUAAUGAUCUAAUCAGAAGGAGAGUUCAUGGUGGUGCACCAAUUUGCAUGUGUCCAGUGUUCCUGGUUUAAAUCUCUUUCCAGGUCGAACCUCUGUGUGUGAGUUUGCAUGUUCUCCCUGAUCAUGCAUGGGUUCUCUCUGGGUACUCUGGCCUCCUCCCAUGGCCCAAAGACAACGUCAUUGGGUUUAUUGGUCUCUGUAAAUUGCCUGAAAGUGUUAAUGCGUACAUAAAUGGUUGUCUGUCAGCCUAUGUCAACCCUAUGACCGACUGGCACUCAAGGUCGCUGGUUCACUCCAGGGCAUAGCCCACCUCUUGCCCAAUGACAGCAGAGAUAAGCUCCAGCCUCCCCAUGACCUUCAACAGGGUAGGUGACAGAGACAUUGGUUUGUUGAUGGAUUGAUCCCCCAAGCCAAAAAAACAAACAUCACAACUGUCUUUGGUAGGAUCAUCAUCUCAGUUUAAGCAACAGUCAGAUUUUUUGUCCAAGUAUUUUUUGAUUACUGACAAGCACAACCAAGUAAGGCUGCCUGUUUCAAAUAUACCUUAUUUUUUCGGACCAUAAGGUGCAAUUAAAAUCCUUGAAUUUUCUCAAAAAUUGACAGCGUGCCUUAUGUAUGAUUACUUGUUGUGCUUACUGACCAAUUUUAUGCGGUACAGUGCGCUCAAUAAUCUGUCGAAAUGUGUAAGUACAACUUUAGUAAGCAAUGAAGCCGCUCCGCUCAAUGGAUAUACAGAGCACUAAGGUACGCUCUGUCACUACCUGAUCGGCCCAGUAACAGGACCCCUUAGCAGUCAUGUAAGGCAGCCCGGGCCCGGAGUACGCGCUAGCAACAAUAAACCAAUCAAUGCUGAAUGCGCCUUACAAUCCGGUGUGCCUUAUGUGUGAACACAGUGCGCCAUAUAAUACGGUGCGCCUUAUCGGCUGAAAAAUAUGGUAGUCCCUAAAACAAAAAUAAAUAAACUAUUUCAGCCAAACCACCUAAAAAACAUGAUUAACCUGAAUAUGAAAUUUGGCCAACUUUGGCUAAACAAGAACAUUUUUAUGGAUAAAACAUCUGCCCUCUCAAUCUCAUAAAUUUUUGCUUCAUUCAAGAAUAAACAACGGUUUGAAAAGCUAAACAGCAUCAGCAGCAAAGGAAAGCACACUCUUCCUAAAGAGAAGCUGGCUUUCUCUUUCCAUCAAGAUUCAGAGCAAUAUCAAUUACAGGGUAAUCUACUGAUGUUUGACAAAAAGUUAGAAGGUAGUGUAUCACAACUGGGAAUCCUCCAAGCAUUUAUUCCAACUUCUACUCAUCCAUAAGAUACAGAACUCAUACAAGCUUAAUCUACAGUCCAGUUUCCUCCUCUCUGAAAACACGUCUUUUGCUACAUGAUUCGUGUCUGACAUUUAGACACAAAAUCUGCUUCACACAUCCUCAUACUUUAGACAUGCCUUUGUACCUAGACAAAAAGAAAAGGAGAGGCUGAAGAGAAACAACAGAACAAAGUUUAUCGUGAGGUUCCGGUCAAGUACAAGGCCGAGCUGAUAAGAAAAUCACUUGUACUGGACAAAGUAGAUACUUCUGUUUCAAGGAAGCACAGAGCAACUAUUGUUUUGUUCGUUUAGUCAAAUACAUUUCAGUUCAGCUGUAAAAUGUGUGCACCUGAUAUGAAGCAGACAGAAGCUCUAUGUCUGGAAAACAGUAAGAAUGUUACGUUAUCUGUGUGUAUGCAAAAACAGUGAUGAAGAAGUUCAGAGGCAAAGAAAGAAAGCAGGUGGGUCUUUCGUUUAUGAGUAAGAGAUAGUUGAUAUCUAACCAGUAACAUUUGAAUUUUACUUGACAAAGAUGUGUUGAUGGCACACGUGUGUAAAGUUAUCUAGGUAAAUGCAGGUAUCCAUUCAUUGAGGGUUGUGCUGUUUCCUGGUUGUGACAUCAGAUAGAGACCCUGGUAUCGUCUCUACGGACUUGCAGAGGGUUGUGCACUAGGAGAUUCUAGUCUGCCUGUUUCCCUCUGAGCCUGGCUCUCCCCUUGGCGCUGCGGUCCUCAUAAUUUGUCAGCAUUAUCAGGAGCACAGUAUUCAUCAGAGGUUGCCUCGUCUUAACUCGUGUUGGCUGUUAGGAGUGCAGAGCAGGAGAGUUACAGGGAGAGGUUUUACAGGGAAGCUUGCCAGGGAAAGCAGGCAGCAGAAAAGCUUGUCCUGCUGUACCUCCAUGCACACAGUGGAGGCUGUCAGUGUGCAGGAAAGGCCACGACGCUGCAGCCAUUCAGCCCGAGCCAAACACACAACCAGACCCUCCUGCUGAGGUUUCUGCAGCCACAGCCGUGACUGCGCUUGUGGCUCUGAUGUCAUCCCGGAGCAAUUCCUUCCUCUCUUUGCUUCCAAACCCUGCUGUCUGCUGGGAGACCCCCACCUCCAUUCUGCCCACCCAACACCACACUCACUCUCUCUCUCUCUCUCACACACUCACACAGGCUCUUUAUCCUACCAUCUUUAUGAACUGUGCCAUAAUAAAAGACUUGGAAAUAGACUUGAUACCUCACUAUAUCACAUUUCUCUCUCUGGCACAAUGUACACAAAGCCUGUUUUGUAUUGUACAAAAACCGCUCAGAGUCAUUAGAGCUGUUUUUUAGGGGGCCUGCAGCUGAAUAGAGCUCGGUAAUGGAGCUGUGGGAGAGCUGACAAAAGCAACCCCCCUCCUCACCAUCUCCUCUCUGUGGCCUGCUCAGACUGUAGUGUUUAAACACAGUAGGUGACAGGAGGUGCUUCUCUUCGAACAUGUUCAUGUGUCUGCGCCUCAGAGGCUACAGGGAACAUGAUGGAGGGUGUGACCGGAGCACACUGUCCAGUCAGAGGUGUGUUUAAGUGACUGGUGGUAUGACUGUGUGGGCUGUUUGUAUACCCGUCCUGAAUAAGCAACCGGAGAGCUCUAGUCUGUUCCUGGUACAUUGAGCUAAGACAUCCAAAUUUAAAACCAGCAGGGGUUAUAUUUUAGUGUCUGAGUGGAGAUGGAUAAAUUGACUGACAAAUGCUCCUCUCUCAUCAUCCAUGCCAUCAUUUCUCAUUUCUUCCACCGCCCUCCCUCACAUCUGCCCUGACUUUAAAAUGCCAGCGCCACUCGGGUCAAGACUUCUUGCAACCAUUCAAUUUCCAAAAACCUUGGAAUCCGAAUCGCUUUUGGGCAGGCGUCCAGACAAGCUGCGGCUGCUUGAGUGGACAAAUCAGAUUUCUCUAUUCUUGCCACUGGGGGCCCUUCUGUUUUCAGUGAGAACGCUUGACAGAGAGUCAGCUGGGGUGGCAAUAGAAAGCAUUCACACUGAGACCCAGAACCAUAAAGGCAUAACCAGUCAUGGGCAGAUAUGUCAAAAGGCUCCUCUUAGAAUGCAGGUCAGAGACGGGCCUGACCUCAGGGGUUGUGGAAGGACGAGGAAGAAAUGCAGAGAUGAAGAGGGAGUGGGGAUACGGGUGGGGGGUGUACAUAUACUUGCACGCAGAAUAUGUUGGCAGGGGGUUGUAGCGGCCAGACAGGCUGCAGGGGCAAAGGCUGGUCCCCUGAUGGGUGUCUUUCAGUGCACCCAGGCUGGGUGGGAAUGAGAUCUGACGGGUGUGAAAUGGUCCUCUUUCUCAGUGACCCAGGCCCCUGCUAGGUCCAGCCUGCUCACACUGUCGCUUUGUCCCACAGACUCUCAAAGAGCCUUAGUAUCAAAAGACUCAUAUAGACCAGGCUGAGGCAGUGUGAACGCUUGGGGAGCUCUGAUGGCAUCACUGAUGACAUUUCGAUAACAUUUUUGAUUACUAUGAUGUGACAGGCUCAAGGAGGUUUGUACAGGCGCUGUAAGCCUCAGAAAUCCAGUGACAGUGAUUUGCGCAAGUGACUGUUACAUUUGAGGACAACUGCUGAGUCGAAGAUUGAAGCUACAUGUUGCAACACCCAAAAGUCAUUAUUCAUAUCCUUUUUUUUGUGUCAUAGCCAGCAUAUUUGGAGCUUGUUACCUAAUGAAAGAAGAUGGAUUUCCUUGAAAUGCUGCAUAAAUCUGAUUAGAUCACUAGCUGAGCUGAGCACAUUUCUGUGGUUACCUAAGUCUUGUUGGAAAUGAUGACAUCCAUUUUGCUUGCUGGCGGAGAACAGAUGGGCAGCACUGGCAAAGAGAUUUCACACCCAAUGCAAAUAUAGCACCUUGUUAUUUCUGUUUUUUGCGGCUGUUCUGACUGUUCCUGCUCUUUCCCUCUGCUUUGAAAGAACUCACACCUCAGCGGAUGAUGAUGAUGAUGAUUUUGACAGCGUAGAUCUGGGGUCUACUUCUUGUUUUUUGCUCACCAGGAAGCAGCGAGAUCUAUAAGUAAAUGCAAACAGCUUGGAAGCAGGUAAUAUUUACAGAGGAAAUGUUGCUUCAUCAGUCUGCUGCUUUCCUGCACACAUUUCUUUGAAUUAGUGUUCUUUGACAAACAGUCAUUUUAAGACUAAAACUAGCUCAACUGUUCGGUGUGAUCAACAGAGUUUGGGAGCAUCGAGUGCUGUUUUAGCACAAAGGAAUGACAUGGGGAGCGAAUGCUAAACUUGAAGGAUUGCCUCUCGAGGUGCAGUCGACUGGUCUGUUAGUGCGGGAAAGAGUGUGGUGACAUUCCUAUGAUGUUGAAAUGUCAUGACGCAAUUAAAGCAUGAGGACAAAUCCACAGUCCAGUAUUAAUCACAAUAUUUAAAAAAAAGAUUUUAAAAAAAGGCAGUUUAAAUAGCUCUGAGCAGCUCAGAGAUGCACUCUGUCUGCUUGUCUGCUCCUUUCUCACUGUGGAGAUACCUAUACAAUAGGGCUGGGCGAUAAAACGAAAAUUUACUGAUACCAAAAUUUAUGACAAUAACCGAAGUCUUUUUGCCCAUGUCAGUAUAUUCGGUGUCAAAAAAAUAAAUAAAAGUUGGUUUUGGAUGUGUGUAGGUGGGCUAUGGUCUCAUGUCCCUUUAAGACGCUGUCCUACGUCAGAAACAAAACGUGACUCCACCCCAUCCAGUCCGUAAAAAAGAGGGAAAGACAGGUGAGAAGAUGGAGGACUGUUCAAAAAGUUGUAGCGGCUGGAGUGUUGGCCAAAGUAGACAAAGUUAAUGUGGGAGGGGGUGAGCAGCUUGCAGAGUAGUUAUCGUCCAUUUAUUGUUAUUGAGGUGAACUUCUCAAUAUAGCGUGAUAUUGAUUUGUGGCUAUAUUGCCCAGCCCUACUAUACUGAUAACUCUAGUUCAAAACCCAACAUUUAGGGGCAUUUAAUUAUCUACAUCUGGGGUUGCAGUAAAAAGACAAUCUCGCUUUUAAAAUGUAAAAUGUGGAAUAUUACAAACUCCAACACAAAACUUUCAUAAAGUAUAUUUGGGGGGGGGGGACCAGAAUGAGAAGGACGAACACACCAGCAGCAGAGUCAAAGUCAUGCAGAGCGGUAAAAUGAAGCAGAGCAUACAUAAUGGACAGAAUAUAGGGUUAGAUAGUCAGCCAAGGCCAUAACCCGAGUAGGAACAGAUGUCAUCUCAAAACUGUUUAUCUCUUUCCAACAACUAAUGCUGCUUCAUCUGAGGAAGCAAGCAGAGCCCAAAUAAUAAAGGGUACUAAUACUGGUAUUCUAGGGCCAAUAUCUAUCCUGAUCAUUAGUAGUUCAUGAGACCAAUAACCGAGACAUUAGAAGGAAUCACAGUGUUGAGUAGAAACAGAUCCCGAGGGUCAUGAGGCACUGAUUGAGAUGAUUGGCCUAAUGCCUAAUAACAGCCCUGAUAAUAGGUCUAUUAACUAAAGAUACGGUUACAUCUCUCACAAAAGUAUCAGAAAGACAUUUAUCAUCACUUUAGUGUUGGCUUGUCUUUUCCAAAAGACCUCAAAUCUGACUUUAUCACAGCACCUUGAUAACACAGUAGAUGACUUGUUUUGAUCUCGCCUUUGAUUAUAAACUAUGCAUGGUCAAACAUCUUGAGCAACAUCACCCCCCUCACAUGUAAAGAUCUACCCUCCUGCCUUGCAGUCUCUUACUAGUGACGCUUGUGCUUAGGUGCUAAAAGCAUUCUCAUGCACACUGAGCUGAACAAUGGUGGUAAUCUAAGAAAAUUUCUCUAAGGCAGGCAGAGGAAUAUGAGAGGGCUGAAUAAUGAGAAUAAUGGUAGGGUUGGUAUAGGAAAGACUGUGUUAUAGAUCCUUCACUAAUAAUAGUUAUAGUGAUGGGAAAGCUGAAAGUAGAAUGGAAAAGGAUGGGAUAUUCUGGCUUUUUCAGAGAUGGAUCUGUCAAAUCUUAGCAAAGCAUGUUUUGAAGACUAAAAAAGACGAGCAGGAAGAAGAAGAGUUUUCUUGGCAAACGGCUUGGUGUGUUUGCCACGUCUCUGCAGCUGACUCAUCUCCAGUGUCCGUCUGUUGUCGUUCCUGCUGUCCGAAAGCUGUUGGUGAGGAGCUGAGAAUGUAUCAAUAUCAUCCUCGUGACUGUCACUGCUGUUUCCAUGUUUCCAGAAAAUAUGUCGGAAUCUGUUUUGAUUGGAUACCGACGCCAGUGAAUGUUUGGAAAGGCUGCGCAACCGGUCAUUCCCAGCAUACUUCACCUGGAUGUCAGUGACUUCAGGUUGUCUCCUGGAGACAGUCUGGCAACAGCAGAAAAGCUUUUAAAGAAUGACAUGCUACAAGAAAAGAGUGGGGAAAUGUGUGCACAACUGUUGAAAAACUCUUAAAACUUUUUCUUUUUCUCACCUCUUCAGAUCCAGAAUGCUGACAGGACGAUGAGUCCUCCAGGUCAUCUGAGACGUCCACGUGUCUUUGCCGCUGUCCCUCUUCGACAGCCCUCUGGUCCCACUGGGGCACCAUCUGCCUCCCCACGCUCACCCCCUUGUCCCUCCCCCCUCCACUGCCCCCAGUAGUGGCCAUCCCAGAGGGGAAGAAAGGAAAGGCGAGCCAGCCCCCUGUAAAUAUGACUGGAUGGAGGUCUCAGUGGCGUCUCGUCCUGCUGAACUCCCUGACCUGUGGCCUGGAGAUCUGUGUGGCAGCUGGGAUCACAUACGUGCCCCCGCUGCUGCUGGAGGCUGGAGUGGAGGAGCGAUACAUGACCAUGGUGCUAGGUAAGGGCUCGAUAACAAGCACGAAAAGAGGGAUCUGGUUACCGGCCUCUCUAUUUCUUCAUACUGUUAAGUGUUUCUUCUAUUUCACUCUUCUUCAUGUUUCCUCUGUGGCUUCUCAACUGACCACAAAAGUUGUUUUCCCUCGUAGCGAUUUUGUACCACGCUGUUUAUUAACAUGGGGUCAGAGAGAAAUAAGAUUUUAUUUAUUCAUUUCUGUCUCUGUCUCUUUAAUGCCUUGACACAAAUGGAGCAGAUUUGAAUGAGUUUCUUUUCUUAAAUCAAAACAGACUGAGUUUUAUGAAAUGUGUGUUUCAGAGGCAGUAUUCUGUGUCCUCCUUCUCCCCCUUCCAGUAGAGCAAAGUUUUUUGGGGGUGCUGGGAAGUGUUGCUUGGCCUCAGAGCCUCCACCCUCUCACCUGUUUGGGUCAUAAAGACAUGACUGUGGUACCUUAGCAAGAAUUUUAGACAGAUGUUUUGAUCAGGCUCUUGUCCAUCCCUGUGAUCCUGAAUGCUAAUUGUUGCUGAAUUCCAGGAGUGUUUGUUGAAAUAAACAAAAAUAUAUUUCAUUAAACUUGACUGUAAACAAGUAAUGAACAGUUAGCUAAUAUACUUGAUAACUGAUUUGUUCUGCCUUGUUAAACAGUUUUUGUUGAAAAGACUGUAUUUGAUGUUUUCGUCACUACUUAAAGGAUCUGCGAAGAAAUGGGUAAGGUUUGUGCUUGUUUAGUUGACUAAACCUUUAAACAGAUUUCCUUUGGCAGUCCCUUAUUACUAUUUAAUUAAACUAACUACCAUUAUUCUUAUCAUGGCAGACCCAAAAAUGCUCGUCUUUUGUUGUGUCUGACAGCCAAAAGCCACUAGCUGGAGCUGGAUCUCCAGUUUAUGGCUACUACUGCCUCAGUGCUAUCAUGGUCUGCUCUCUGGAUACAAACACUAGUUUGGCCGAACUGGUUGAGCUGGUGCCUUGUAUACAUAGGCUUUAGUUCUUGUCACACUUUUUAUAGGAAAAGUGGUCCUGACAUGGAUUCCAAAGAGGAAUUCCCAAAAUAAACUUGAAAAUACAACAAGCACAGAUGGCAGAUGGGAUUUCAUAGUGUAGUUAGCGUGCCUUUGCAAAACUGUGGUCUAGAAAGCGGAAUUAAAAUUGUUUGUUGGCUAUGUCUAGUCAAAUACAGGUGAGAUAAAAUCUGGACAACAACAUCCAACUCUAGCAGGCAUCAAGGAGGUGUAUUCGUGGUUGUCGUGCUGGUGCAAAGGUGGAGGCAAAGUUGGAGGCUUGGAAGUGGAGAUAGAAACCCUUUCUUCCAUCAGUCUGACAUUGGAAACGUUAACUCUGCCCAACAAAAGUGAUGAGCUGGAGAUAUUUGUAAAGACUGAGAAAGCAUACCAUGGGUGCAGUCUCCCGUGUUUUGACUCAAAACAACUCGGACUCAAGUGUUGAUCUACCUAGCUUCACUCUCAUAAGGUCAGACAGAGAUGCUCAAGCUAGUGGCAAGAGGAAAAGAGGGGGUCUGGCUUUAUUUGUCAACCAGAGAUGGUGUAACCCUUUACACAUAUAUAUUUUUUGUACCCCCAGCCAUCUGACUUAGCAACUCUUCAGUAAAUAGUAGAUGACUUUUUGACACAUGACAACUGAGACUACAGACAACUGAAUUCCCCUUCAGGGAUAAAAUAAAGUUAUUAUUCUUAUAACUGCCAAGGAGAAGUUGUGUUGUCCAGAUAUUGAACUCAUAGCACUUGAGAAUUCUAGAGAAAUUCUUCUUCUAGAGAAUUCAGCCAUAUCAUAACAAUACUUGUUUACAUGUAUUUUCCAUGAUACUGUUGCUAGGAGACUCAACAUUCUGAGGCCCUCGCAAUAACACCUGGAGACUUCAACCAUGUCACCUUCUCCUCUCACCUGACUGGAUUUACACAGUUUAUUAGCUGUCCUUCCAGAGAAUUUUUUCACAAGCUUUCAGACAAGUGAAUUUCCCAUUUAAGGAUAAAUUGUAUUGUAUUGUAUAUUUAACCAGUACAGAAGCAUGGACAUUAACCUGUGAGGAGGAGUGACUCUGGAGGGGCUGGCUGUUCAGUAGACUAGAAAAUUAAUUGUUCAGACCAUCACUGAAAUAAACAGCAGUCUGAAAGUAUAAAGGGUAGAAAAAUGUGGGCCAGCCUAGAUGUAAAAGAUUUAAUCCAAUGCAUUAAAAAAACACAGGACACACAUGAAAGAGGCAGCAGGAGUCUGAAUCUUUGUCCUUUCCUCGUUUCGUUUAGCAAGAAAAUAGUAAACUGACAAAUGACAGAUUAUUCUUUCAGCUGUGACUCCAUUACUCCAGUUCAAAACUGCUAAGGUGUCAGAAGAAACAGAAUUGCGAGACGUUAAUAGUACUCAUACUGCUACUGCACCUGUCCAGGUUUUUAUUCAAGGUAAAAUAUAGUACUGGUGCUUUGCAAGGGAGUGGUAUUGUUCCAAAUAUACAGUCGUUUCUGAGCUUGUGAGCUGAUUGUCAUUAUAGUAGUACUAUACUAGUCAUUAUAGUAGUAUAAACCACUGGUUCUCAAGUCCAGUCCUCGAGGCCCACUGUCCUGCAUGUUUUGGAUGUUUCCCUGCUCCAACACACCUGAUUCAAAUGAUCAGCUCGUUAUUAAGCCAUUACAGAGCUUGAUAACGAGCUGAUCAUUUGAAUCAGGUGUGUUGGAGCAGGGAAACAUCCAAAACAUGCAGGACAGUGGGCCUCGAGGACUGGACUUGAGAACCACUGGUAUUUUUUUAUUAUUUUUUAAAUUUUAUUUCUUUAUUUGAAUACUUGUAUAAACAACACUAGAAUCUUUUGACACCUCCAACUCUCAAGGAUCCACAGCCACCAGUCAGUGUUGGAUACAUCAAACUACAGAUCUAGAUAGUUUAAUCACAUUUUAGCAUUAAAGAUACAUUUUACCGGUAUCAUGCUUUUACAUUACAUCAUCCAUCAUAUCCAGGAUCUUUAGUAGGACCUAUAAAAACAAAGUUCUUCCUUUGCUCUGUGUGUGUGCGCAGUCUUGUGCAACAGGCGGUUAUACACACCACAAAUGCUUGAGAGAAAAAUAUGCAUCCGAUGACUGCACCAUUAUGUCUGGCUGACAUGCAAUUUAAUUUGAUCUUUGGUUGUGUAAUUGUAGCCUCACACCCUUUAGUCCGAGGGUAGACUGUAAGAAUUUACUGUAAUUGUUAGGAAGUCUCUCUGGUGUGAAAUUUGAGACAGGUUUGUAGAAGCUCACUUUCUUUCUUAGAAAUCAGAAGAAUGCGUGAAUAUACACUCCAUUAGCAUUACCAUAUAGAGUGUUUAUAUACAUAUAUAUAUAUAUAUAUGGACACUGUAAAUAAGUUUACCAGUAAGCAAUGUGAAUAGUUGCAUUAUCCUGUCAGCCCAAACAGCUUUCACAUGCUCUUCACUAAAGGCUUCUCUUUGAGACAUUGUCUUGUGACUCUACAGAUGAUUCUUAGAGUGUUAUCAAACCAAAAGCCCUGUGUGAAUGACAGAAGUGUCUAUUCAAGUACAAAGAUGAAAAAACACACUUUUACACUCCCUUUUUCUAACUGCGGCUCGAGAUGUGAAGAAAAAUGAUUCCAUUGUUGAUUUCCUCCCAAACAGCCUGCUCUGUAAGCCAAUCUGGAAAAUGCACUCAACCUAAUUCUCAUCCUGCUGUAUUAUAAUGGAGUGCCUGAGUGUUCUCCGAAUGAAGACAGAUUUUGUAUCUUGGGAGGGUUAAAGCUAAUUUCCCCAAGCAGCAGUGUCAGGUUCUCAGGCGGCUGUUUGCUGCUUUUACUAAUCACCAUUUGUCGGCUGCUCCAUCCUCCAGUUGUUACUUUCUUUCUCCAGUUUCCUCUCUCUCAGUCCCCCACGAUAAUGAGGUAUCCACUACUUCAUGCCCUUUUAGGAGUAUUUAGACAUUUAAGUCACAGAGCAUCAGCUGGAGUGUGAUUUGUUUCUAAAUCAGGUAGGAGGGAUCAUAUUUGAUGUGUGUGUAGUGGAGGUAAACCUCGCACUGAUUUAUGCAUGUGUAAACAGCUGGAGAACAGCUUGUAUUGUAUUCAGAGCUGGAAAGCAUUAGUUGAUGUGUGUGAAAUAGUGUGUGACAUAAAAUCUAGAGAAUAGUAAGUGUGUAAUAGAGUGAGUCAUCCAGCUGUAGAUGGUAAGGAUUCUUGUGAUGGGCCUCCACAGCUGCAGCGAGAAGAAAUGUGGUAGAGGCGCUGACUGCCGGCUGCAGUCGUCUUAUCUGUCUUUCUCAAAUUGCCUGCCUGUCUCCUCUCUGUUCACUGUUAAAAUACUUUUGAGACACCAGAAACCUGCAAGUCCUCUCUUCUUUUCUGUAGUCCAGUCUCUGGUGCAGCAGGAGGGCUACAUAUGGCUCUUGCUUUAGUUGUGGAGUUCAGGCAUGCUUCUAUGCUGCUGAAAUUCAGACCCCUAGUGGUGCUGGAGAGUAGUAUUCAACGAUCGAUGGUAAGGAUAUGUUUGUGUUGUGUGAAUGUCUUUUUGCAAGCAUGUGCAAAAGAACUGUGAGUCCCCAUCACCAGCACUUCUUAAAGAGAUGUUUGUUCUCAAGCUUUCAAGAAGAUUCUGACAUGCAUGAAAGUUACCUGAUCUGAACAAAAGCCAAAAUCAAAGAACCCAGAAGAGCACUCUCAUGCGUCUUUGUGUUUUUCUUCAGUGAAUACAAUAUUAUUGAAGGAUAUUUAUAAAUGCAUAGUUUAAAUGUUGACAAUUUUUAUUUCAAUUAGUAAUGUUUGUUUGUAAUUUCAACUUAUGAAAUAAUAAAUGAAAUAUUAGCAGACAGGUUAAAUUUUUGUCAGAAUAUCAGAAUCAGUUUAAUUUGUUAGAUAUGUAGUCCUACAGCUAUGAAGUAUCAAAUAUUAGAAUUAAAUACAUGAAGGAUUACAGAACACAGUAGUAGUAAACAAUGCAGGAUAGAAGGAAAACUCAUUCCCACCAAUAAAAACCUACCUGUAAAUACAGGUAAUCAGUCACAUGCAGCCUUUUGAGUAAAAUCACUGUCUGAUUGUUUUAUUCAUGAAAAAAUAAAAAUGAGUCUAGAUAUGUAGUAUUUUUCUUAAAACCGAAAUUUUAUUUGCAUUUUUUAACCAUAACGGAAACAAGACAGACAGUCAUACAGGAAAAAAGUUUCUCAUUUAAAACAAACAAAAACAAAACAUGGUGUCAUUCAGAAAGAAAAAAAAGAAAAUUGUCCAUGUAGCCUCCAUUAGAGUUAUCCAUUUUUGUAAGUGUUGUAAAGAGAUUUAUAUUUGUUCCAUUUUUCCCACUUUCAGGUUUUUGUUUCUUGCUGGAGUCGUAGAGCGUGUAUCAUAUAGUCCAUAUCAUAUAGUUCUUCCACCAUGUCCAGCCAGUUUUUCUAAUUGGGUGGGUUCUUGAAUGUGUAGUAUUGAGAAAAGUUUGUUUAUAAUCACUUCCAGUCUUACUGCCUUUUUUCAGAACUACUAAAGUUUUCUUUUACUUGCCAUCCAGUGCACAUUAACUUUAUGAUCUACUGUAUUUCUUCUGCUUUUUUUUAAAUCUUGCGUUAUUUCUGAGCUUGCGAACAGCACUGCAGACUCAUGCCGUUAUAUGGGCAUUAAAGAGGCAUGUACCCAUCCUAAUUGGGAACACCAACCACAAGGGUCAAACUUUUGAGGAUGUGGCGUUCAUCGAUUUAGGAACACAAUGUGAAGGAUUCAGUCCUUUGAAAACUAGCUUAUGAAUCUGCCAUAGACUUUCUUAAAAAACAAACUUUGAAAAAAAAAAAACCUUGGGAAGAUAUUGGUGAGUGAAGCACAGUUCUUUUUAAUUAACACUCAGUAAAGACAAAAUCCUGGAACUCUGCAACUCCAAAAUAAGAGCUCUACAAGGUGCCUUUGAAAAGUGAAACUGGAGCACAAAGAUUUGGGGAUCUGUGCUUGCAUGUGUGUUUGUGGUGGGUUCUAAUUAUCCAGACUGGACCUCAUGUAGCACCAGAGCUAGUGGGGGUCUACCUCCAGGCAGCAGGCCAUCUGUAAGAGCAGGGCACAUGUAGAUAGACACCGGUUAGAGCAGCAGCCAGGAAGAGUUCAUGUGAAUAGUAAAAGUUAAAAGUGUGUUGAGCCUCCGAAGCAGAAAAAUGAUUUUAUAGUUGCAUGUGCUCAGAGGGGGAUUUCUGAAAACGUCUUAAAACACCAGUGUAAGUACAAACUGUAAUUUAACUAAAUUGAUUAUUUUUUAAAUCAAAUCAAGUUUAUUUUUAGAGCACUUUUAAAACAACCAGUGUUGAUCAAAGUGCUGUGAAAUAAUACUAAACAAGAAAUGGGCAAAACAUGAUCAAACAAAAGAGAUGAUUGUUAGUAGAAGCAAGGAAAUGGAAUCUGGGGGUCAAUGAAAAGCUUAGGAGAACAGGUUUGUCUUCAGUCUGGACUAAACAAUGACUAUAGUGGUAGAGGCCUUUACUGAAAAUGCUAAUGCUGCGUUCCAGUUACCUCAGAAGUUGGAUGUCGGAGCUAGGAAUGAUGUUACACCCGAGUUGACGGCGUCCCAGCAAACAAGUCAUCUUGGAUUAUAACAUUGUCAAAUCGGGGUUGGUGAGGAUCGUCCGACUUUCCGAGUUGGAAAUCUGACUUUAAGGGGGCGUUACAGAUGAAUUUCCAACUUGGAGCUCAGAAAUUCUGACUUCGGAGUACAACUGGAACGCAGUAUAAGCUAUCCUAGAGCUCUGGGGCAGCUACAGCAAAACGCUUGGUCACCCUAGCAACUGCUGAUUGGAUGAUCUAGGAGCUUUGGGAGGGGCAGGGGGUGGAGAAGUGGAGAGAUGUAUUGUGGAGGGAGGCCGAGUAAAACUUAAAAACCUGAAAACCAAUCAGUGAUAAACCAAGAGUUGAAAAGGGCAUAAUGUGUUUUUGUAGAUGGAACUUAAACGGAGCAUGUACAGAAUGAACAGUACAGGUCCUAAUACUGAGCCAGCCUUGAGGUGCUCCACAGGUGAUGUGCUGGAUGCAGAGAAAUGGCCAGUGGUUUGAAUGGAAAAGGAUCUGUCUUUAAAGUAUGAUGUGAACCCCCGGAGAGUGCUACCCAGGGUACCAACAUGAUGUUCAAGACUGUUUAAAAGGAUGUAGUGGUCUCCGGUAUCAAAAGCUAAGGUGAAGUCUAACAAGAUUAAUAUUGCAGAGUGACAAGUGUCGAGAGAUAGCAGGAGGUCAUUGCAGACUUUUAGCAGAGCUGACUCUGUGUUGUCAUGCCCUGAAUCCAGACUGAAAAUUGCCCAUGCUAUCAUUGUUUUUAAAGAAUGAUAGGAGCUGGGGAUAGAAUAUGUUUUCCAUGAUUUUUGAAAAAAAAAAGGCAAUUUGGAAAUGAUUUGUUAAUAAUUCAAAACUGUUGGAUCAAGGUUUGGUUUUCUUGAUGGUAGGAUGAACCACUGCAUGUUUAAAAUAGGAAAGGAUGGAGCCACUUUAAAGGCUGCUGUUUAGGAGUAGAGACUGUGGGACAUUAAGUGUUGAACACUUCCUUCAGGAGUCAUAUGGGAACAAUGUCAAAGGGAGAAGUAGUGAGCUUAAUAUUUGAGAUGAUGUCUUUUAGGAGGAUUAAGGUUUUUAUAGUGCUAAAUAGAACUCUGAGGGAGUGGAAGUUUUUAGAGAUAAUGUCAGCCAAGUAUUUCUCUCCUGCUGUCUCUACCGAUUGCUAAUAAUCAGCAAGGCAAUAUUUCAACUUGGGGUCUGUCUUUUUUCUGUUCUCUUUCUGCUCUACUACACGGUUGUCAAAAAGUAUGAGUUUCCUCAUUAAGCCUGGAUUGAGUUUUGGUUUUCUGCUUUUGGUUUGGAGUUGGGAAAGAUUUCUGUGUUUUAUAAUCUGAUUGUCUGACCAAAUUGAGUUGAAGUGAGUAAUUAGCUCCUCUGUGCUCAGGGCAGGGAAACUGACCUUUGUAGGAAACCAUGACAGUGGAAGGGCUUAUAAUGCAGGAGCAGGAGGCAAGUAACUUAGAUUUUAGGCUGGUAUGACAGAUUGUGGAAAACCUAACAUGAUGAUGGUCUGAGAUUCUGAAGUCCUCCAUAUGAGUGGUGACAGUUAAGCCAAGGGUAAACACCAAGUCUGAGGUGUUCCCAAGGUGGUGGGUUGGGCCAGAAACGGGUCGCUGGAAGUUAAGAGAGUCCAUAACACCAAAAAAUUCUGUAGCCUUUCCGCCAUCAUAGAGGUCGAUAUGAACGUUAAAGUCACCUGCAGUUAAAAUCUUGACAUGAUUCAGAACAGAGGAUGAGUACCAUCCACAGUGUAACAGGAGAGGUGACCCCAAAACAAGUUAAGAUUAGGACAAAAUUGGAAAUCCCAUUGAACAUUUGUCAUUAAUAAUUUGCACACCUGACAUUGGUUCUCUUUACCACCUCAUGUUUUUGCUUUUUCUCCUCCUCCACCUCCACCACCACCGUCUGUAUCCUCUCUGACUUCCUCUCUGUAUCCACGGUUUGGUCUACAGGUAUUGGUCCAGUGCUCGGCCUCUUGUUCAUCCCUUUGAUCGGCUCAGCCAGUGACCACUGCAACAGCAGCUAUGGCAGAAGACGGCCGUUCAUCUGGCUGCUGUCUCUGGGAGUCCUUCUGGCGCUCAUUAUAAUCCCUCAUGCCGAUGUUCUGGCUGCACGCCUCGCCUGGGGUGGGCGCACCCUACAGGUAGGACACAUGUGAUCAUUUGGAAUUCUAGUUUGGCAAAUUCUACCACCCAAGUCGAGAGAUAUUCUUGUCUUGUACCAUGAUUCAAGUUUUUAGUUUUCUAAGAUGCUUUGUACCAUGUGUUACAGGUGGGCUUCCUUAUCCUCGGGGUGGGGCUCCUUGAUUUUUGUGGACAAGUUUGCUUCACCCCUCUGGAGGCUCUUUUAUCGGACCUGUACCGAGACGAGGAGGACUGCGGCCAAGCCUUUGCCAUGUUCUCCUUCAUGGUCAGUUUGGGAGGCUGUGUGGGAUAUUUGCUGCCUGCGUUGGAUUGGAGUAGCGGUCUGCUCUCUAUUUACCUGGGAGGCCAGGCAGAGUGCCUCUUCUUCCUCCUCAUCCUCAUCUUUAUCUCCAGUGUGCUCAUCACCAUGAAAGUGUCAGAGGAACCCUUGUGUGCCAGUAGUGGCUUAGCUGGAUCUGGAUCUUUACUGGAUUCAGGGGUUGGUGCGAUGGAGGCUGGCCGUUGUGGAGUGCCACGCUCCUGCUGCUAUCUGCUGAAGUGCAAGUUGAGGCUGCUUAAGUCUGGACCCCUGCUGUGCCUGCUGAGGACUUGCUGGUCCAUGACCCCAGCCAUCUACAGGAGCUACUGCCAUGUCCCGCGGGUGAUGAGGCAGCUGUGUGUCGCUCAGCUCUGCAGCUGGAUGGCUGUCAUGUCAUUUAUGCUUUUCUACACAGACUUUGUGGGGGAGGGUCUGUACGAGGGUGUGCCCAGUGCAUUACCAGGAAGUGUGUCCAAGCAAAGAUAUGAUGAAGGUCAGUACUCCUCUUCGUACAUUCAACUAAGAAAGUUUUCUCUGGGCUCAAAACAAGUAUUUUAAUGAGUAUGGAAAUUACUUUGGGUAUACCAACUAUAGACAGUGAGGUGAGAAGUAUGAAACACUGAGAAAUAUUACUUGGGAGCCGCUACUUACCAUAUUUUUUGGGCGACAAGGCGCACCGGAUUAUACAGCGCACUGUGAAUUAACGUUCACACAUCAGGAUUGAUUGGUUUAUUGUUGCUAGCAUGUACUCCGGGCCUGGACUGCCUUACAUGAAUGCACUUCUAGUGUAGACAUUACAGUCAGGCAGUCUUGUAGACUGCUCAGGGGUUCUGUUACGGCCGAUCAGGUAGUGACACAGUGUACCGUAAUGCUCUGAAUAUUCAUUGAGCGGAGCUGCUUCGUUGCUCACUGAAAUUGUACUCCCACAUUUUGGCAGAUUUUUGAGCACAUUGUACCACAUAAAAUCGUUCAGUGAGCACAACAAGUAAUCAUACAUAAGGCGCGCUGGAUUAUAAGGCGCGCUGUCAAUUUUUGAGAAAAUGUAAGGAUUUUAAGUGCACCUUAUAGUCUGAAAACUACGGUACUCACAGAAAGGUGAACCUCCUCAGAGUGAUGGGACUCAGAAUCCUUUUGUUAAAACCAAGUCAUGUUACUAGCCAGUUCAAAGUUCAACCAAUAAGCUGGGGGAGAUGUUCCUUCAGGUGCUUUCCUCAAAAGCUAAUUUUAUGAACAAUUUACACAAUGCCCAAACUUUGGAUCUGGAGUUGUAGUAUGCCGGAUUUUAGACCAACCAUUUGUCAUUUCUUAGCCUUCACCACCUGGUUCAUGAAAGCAUGCACAGGGUCCAUCUUUGCUAUGCUGUUUGCACUGUCCCAGUUGGUCAGGAUGCACUCACAUUCCUCCAGCACAGGUGGAGGACAGAGCCAGAGCUCCUGCUGAAUGCCUAGAUGCAUUCCUACUGACCUUAUAGAAAUCACCCAUGAACAUUACAAAUAGUGACAUGACAUCAGGGAAUGCCUUUGCAGUUCUGCCUCUCCGAGAGUCAAACUCCUUUGAUUAAGUAUUCUCCAGCUACAGGGGUAUUACCGUCCACCGUGGCACUUCAGAAAUGGUGAAAUAUACACACCUCCCCUGUUUCUGCUCUUUUAAUCAGAGAGUUGUCACUAAUCCCUCUAGCUUUAUUCUUAAGCUAUGCCAAAGCUUAGCUGUAUAGUUCUACCUAAAUAUAGUCUUUGGGUAGAAGGUGUACAGACAGAUAAACCUGAACAAGUCUGUCCUGUCAGCGGUAUAAGAGGGCCAAACAUGUGAGGAGGAAGACUCCGGUAUUUUUUCCCAGACGAUGUUCGAAGAAAGAACAGGAAAGAGGGUGAAUGAAGCUGAAGUUAACUGAUGUGAGGCAGUUCAGCGUGAAGCUAGACUUCCUAUAUUACACAUGUCUCUGUAUGCUUUUUAGCUUCACUUCACACUUUUAUUGGUUCUUUCCGACCAUCUUAAAUCCUUGUUCUCAACCAGCCCCCAUCACUCUCCCUCUUUUACUUGCAAUUUCCACCAUCCAUCCUCCUCUCUUUCUUUAUCUCCUUCCUCGCUUUUGUUUACUUUUCACUUUGCCUCUGUCUCUCCUCACUGUGCUUGUUGAACCUCAAGGAAUGUCACACUCACAAAGAAUUAAUGUCAAGAAAUCAGCGCAACAAGAAUGUGUUCAUUCAAGUCAGGAAGACGACCAAAAGACCGGACUUUGAGGUCUCUGUUAGGAAUAUUUGUUUAACCAGAAACUCAGCGGAUGUCAUGAAACCGAAUUAUCAGUCUGCAGAUGUUUCUAUCACUGUAAUUGUCUGUAGCUGCUUGGAUUUACCUUUUCCAGUUGAUGUCUGAGUAGCUUGUUCAGCAGAAGCAACCCAUCCUGUUCUCCUGCACACAGUUUCAGCAGUACAACUGCUCUGUCCUAUAGCUCAAACACUCCUUCAAGGUUCACUUCUUUAUAGUGUUUGUGAAGGAGUUGCUUUCCAGUAGUAGCAUAAUCCACGUAUUCCUUUCUCAUAAGUGAUUUCUGCUCUGCUGCUCAACUUUUGACCCACACUGUUCACAGAGAGCAGGCUAAGAUAUCAGGCUGAAUGCAGAAUAGAAUAAAUAAAUGUCUAGAUGUCAGACCAGCUUCUGUGUAACAGGACUUAUAUUAAAAAAGAAAAGAAAAAACAAACAAACAUGUAGAUAGUGGGGUAAAGGUGAAAUUUAACAUUUUCCCAUACUAAUAAAAUCACACAGUUGACCCCAAAUUAUUAAGCUAUUUAUAAAUAAGGGAAUUUCCCCCUGUGGGAUUAAUAAAGGAUUAUCUUAUCUCUUAUCUUAAACACCUAAAUUCUGUCGACUUUUUUAUGGUGGGAUUUUUGACUGUUAAUUUUACUCAGCAAGUUUAAAUUUAAAUUUCACUUUUAAUCGUAUCAUUAUGGAGAAGCAGCUUAUUUUCCUUUUAAAUAACACGGUUGCAUCAGUGAGUUUGAGGAUGUUUUCUUCACCUCUGCUGGUGGGAGGGAGGAGUUUCAGGCCACCAGAGAAAAGACCACACUGAGCCCCACAAUUUCACUACCAGCCAAACCAAAAAUUAAUUCAGGGUGUAGACAUGUUUUCACUCUUCAGUUACUUGAUUUGAAAUGAUAAACCUUUUGCUAAACACCAUUUUCUAUGGUUUUCAGUAUAUAACUUAACUUAAUAAAAUAGUUAAAUUAACUGAAUCAAUCUUAAUUACUGUUUUAUGUGUUAAUUCUUUUAAGACUUGUUUUGAUCAAGCACGCUUUUAUUUUGAAAGGUCAAAAACCAAAUCUCUGGUACAUUGUACCACCAAGUGUUUCAAAUGAUUAAAAGCUGCAAAAAUAGUAGUUGAAUUGUAAAAAUGUACAGUGUUUUAUAUCCCUCAGAUAGCCUCAAUGUUGUCGUCAGCUGUGUAAAACAGUCAUCAGUUUAGGGGCACUAAUUGCCUAGCGGUUUAAGCGUCCCACAUAUUGAUGCUAUAGUUCUUGUUCCAGUGGUCGCUUGUUGGAGUCCCGGCCUCCGCCCUUUGCUGCAUGUCUUACCCCGCUCUCUCCAUCCCAUGUUCCCUGUAUCUCUUUGGCUGUCCUAUCCAGUGAAGGCAAAAAUGCCAGGGUUGAUGCUUUGGUAUGUGAGGUCACAUACGAAGUUUGUCCUCAGUUUUAUUUCCAAAACUUAUAAACUCGACCCACUUUUCUUUGAGAGUGAAUGGAUGACACUCUGUGAACCUUUCUAUGCCUUCCACUGUUUAUCUCUUAUCCUUCGUCUUUUCUGGUGUCCAGAUACCAACUACUGAAUACAGAUACUGCUCUGAUACACUCACACUCUGUAAAAAGAGACUGCUAUCUUUGUUAGUGGUGUGUGGUGGAAGGUCUCUCUGAUAUUGGGUUGAAUAUAUCAUUUAAAAACUGCUUGAUAACUGCUCCUUUUAAUGCUCGAAUUUUUUCGGAGGCCUCUAGAAUCAUCUUCACUUUUCUUCUUCAUGUGAUGAGGGAGGUGGUGACUGAUUCAUACCUCAUAUUGAUUAUGUUAAGUCUUUAAUACUUAGUGUAAAUACAUGUAAUUGUCCCAGUUGCAGGAUAUGAUACUCUCACUGAUGAUGAAUAUUUGGAUGCUUUACAAGCCAAAAUAAAUUAAUGACUUUAUUUGGCUUAGGAGUCUGCAAGUCUGUCUCUGUUUUCGUAUCUUGAAAUUCUCUCUGCUGGUUGGAAAAACCUCACCCCAAUGCUUGUUGUCUAGCUCACAGACUUGGACCUGGAAACAAACUGCUUUAGUAGAUAAGCGUUGGCCUGUGUGGGACCCCAGCUUUUAGGCGAUUUAUGAGGUUAAUGCUGUUUGUCCAAGUUGGUCCUCUCAAACAGUGUCCAUGCGUGUCUGUGUUGCAGAGAGCUCUGAAUUUCAGCAAGCCACUGGAGGAACAUUCCUCUGUGUUUACAGGCUCAAACAAACAGCUCAGCCACAGAGCUGUUUAUGAGUCACAGUUCAAGGCUAAUGUACAGCAGCUCCGGCUGUGGUCAGGAAUGCAUGCAGGUAUCAAUACCGUAUUGACCUGGAUCAUAAGACAACCUCCUCUUUUUGAGACCUAUUUUUAAAAAAUAGAAUAUCAGGUAAAUAAUGCAACCAAGUCUAAGUAUUUAAACACUUUGAGGAUGAAAACCUGCUCUCUACUGUUUGGACAAACCUUACUUACUUACUUACACACAUUUCUUCAUGCAGUCGUCUUUUUCAGACUUCACACUCCAUGGCGCUGUAUUUCUUGUCUGUUUAGCAGUCUCUGCUGUAUUGCAUUUCAUUGCAAAAAAGGCUUCACAAUCGCACCUCAAUUGAUGGUUAACCUGUCCUAGUUUUGUGCCACUUUGCAACCAUAGGCAGUGAAGGGGUGUUUGAGGUCUUAUCUUGGACAUGUGGGGUACAGCCUUUUCAGAAAGGCGGCACCAUUCAUUUUCUUGGUAUUAAAGUAAUAAACCUUGAAAUGAAACAGUUCCACUGAAAAAAGUCUGAUAUUUGGGUUAGUAUGGUAGUCUCUGUGCCAACAUUUUGAGGUAAUACUAUCUAGAGCUGGGCGAUAUGGCCUCAAAUCAAUAUCUCGAUAUAUUGAGCAGUUCCCCUUGAUAACGAAAAAUGGUUAACUUUGUCUACUUCAGCCGCUGCUCCAUUGUCGUAAAUUUUGGUAUUGGUAAAUAUUCGGUUAAUUUCCCAGCCCUAAUACUGUCAUUAUUACUCCUGGGUCACCUACAGAGGAUUUCUAAGAUCUGUAAGACCAUGAUGGCUCAACUGGUUGUAUUACAAGCUGCAUUUUCUCUCAGGUAUCCGUAUGGGCAGCCUGGGCUUGUUCCUGCAGUGUGCUACCUCAACCUUCUUCUCCCUGGUCAUGAGUCACUUGGUCCGCCACUUUGGCUCCCGGUGGGUCUACCUGAGCAGCAUGGUGAGCUUCACGGUCUCUGCUUUGGUCAUCUGCCUUUCUAAAAGUGUGCUCCUGGUCACUGUGAUGGCAGCUCUUACUGGCUACGCAUACGCCACGCUGCAGACUCUGCCCUACACACUCACCUGCCACUACCACAAGGAAAAAGAGGUGGGUAAAGAUCUAAUUAUCUCACUAGCUUCUAAAUGUGUGUCAAAAAAUCUUAUUGAUGAGUUUUUUUCUUCUAUUCUCUGUCAUGUUUCAGGUCUAUAUGCCAAAAAACAAAACCAAAAGCAUGCUUAACAAUGGUAUAUCCACCAAGCGGGAUUCCACGUAUUUGACCCCUGCAGAAGGGGAGGGUGAACUCAACCACAAUACAGGGACUCCUUAUGGACAUGCCCUCUUCACCCAGGACCGUCACGAAUACUACCCCACUCAGCACAGUGUGAACGGCUCAUCUCACAGCUCUGGCGCCACAGAGCAGGAUGAGCCUGAGUCUGGGUAUGAGAAGCGUGGCGUGGGUUUGGACUUUGCCAUCUUGGACAGCACCUUCCUUCUCUCUCAGGUGUUCCCCACCCUCUUCAUGGGCAUGAUCGUUCAGUUCGCCCAGUCCGUCACCGCCUAUAUUGCCUGCUCUGCCAUCUUCGGUGCUGUCGCCAUCUACUUGGCCAGUCAUAUCAUCUUUGACCAAAAGGACCUCCUGAAAAGCUGAGACUUGGAUGGAGAGUGUGGGAGAGGUGAAGUCACAAAUAAUCAAUCAGUCACUGAGGUGUCAUGGUAGAGCCUCAACAAUGCACUACUGUUUUCCAGAAUGCCUUGUUCCAGUUCUGUGUCUUUUCGUCUUUAAAAGCUCUGCGUUGGGGAAGUCUGUGGUGAGUCAGGUCAGGUGUAGGAAACUCUGUACAGGAUUAAACCGAAAUAUGUCACCAAUUUUUCUUAUGACAUCUUUUUUGUUCAUUGUCUUUUCCUCAGGUACCAAAAACAGAUUUACUGUAAAAACUCAACCUCAGAAAUAUCGCUACUAACCUGUUGCGUUUUUAUCGCCAUCUCUGGGCUGCUGACGAAGUAUAAUCUUUUUUUUGUCUUCAAACAUGUCUUUCGCAGCAUUGUCUUGUAGAUACUCCUUUGCAGCAUCAACAAGCAUGUCUGGAGAGUGGUCUUCAUCAGUGUAACAGACCUGGCUUGUAGAAUAACUUAACUUGUAAUUCAACAGCAGUAAAGAAGAAAAACGAUAACUCCGGGGGGGAUUUACUUCGGCAACGCUGUGAGGUUAGGAAGACUUGAAAGAAACACAAAAGGUUAUUCUGUGUCUGUCAGGACAGCGGGCCAAGCUGAGCAGGCUAAUUCUGAAAGGAAUAGUUUCUCAGUGAGGCUGUAUGAGGCAUUUGUCACCAGUGUUUCAGUAACAGGGGAUCCCAGCCAGCUUGGCCCCUUUGUUGCAAAAAAUAGCUUGAAAACUGGAACAGAAUCUAGACCAUCACCCGCUACUACGGGCCGACUCUACUGCGAGAUUUAGCUAAUUUUAUCUAACUCUAACCAAAGCACUAUCUUACAUGUUCCUAUGUUUGCAGUGUGCCAAUCAGCUACUCUAAUCGAUUACAUACAGGUCACUGAACCUGUGAAUUUCAAUAAUUUUGCUUUCUCAGUUUGACUUACUCAUCGAAGAUUAUCAUUCUGACACAGUCAUGUCUGUAGCGUUUAUUUCAGCUCUACACACUGUGGGUCGUGUCAUUAGCUUCUGUUUUGGUACUCCAGCUGCUUUCUAACCAAGAAAGGAUCCCCAUAUGGCUAAUACACCUAUUAUGAACAAAUACCUCAUACAACCCUGCUUCAAAAAAAACAAAACAAACAAAAAAACAUGAACUUUCCCUUUAAAUUUUCCAUCACUUACAACACUGUCAUCUUUACUUGAUGUUCCCACCUGUUAAGUGCCAUUCUAUUCUAUCAAAUCUCAACCUUAAAUCAAGAUGAGCAACCCUGAAGAUAUCAUCCAGGUUAGCUCCACUGUGUGGACAAAGCUCUUUCAGAGCCACAAAGGACAGUAUACAACAGUUUUUACGAACAGAGUACAGCUGAGGUAGUAAACAGGUCUUUUUCUUUUUAAUCAGUACCCCUUUAAGUACUUCGUUUUACUUUUAUGCUGGCUCAAUUUGAUGUGCCCCCAACCCUCAAUCCAGAGUCAUCUUUUCAUUGAAGACCAGAUUUACUGUAAAUAUUUUGUAAACAAGUUUACUGUGUAUCCCUGUGGGAGAAGUUUGAUAUGCAACCUGUUGAGGUGAGGUCUUGGACUGUGGUGGUUUUAGAAUGAAGCCGUUUACUGGAGCUGAAAAAAAAUUGCAUCAAACGUGCUCUGUCUGCAUAAUCAAGUGUAGUCUGGAGCAAUGUGUCUGAUCAGGACAGUGGUCUCAGGUAAGCACACUGUCCUUAUACCACUGAUAAACUCAUCCCUGCUGCCUAAACCUUCAUAUUUAACUAUGUAUUUAAAUGACAAUCUAGGACAUCCAGACGGGCUUGUUAUGUAAGGCUGUAUGAAGCCUGUGCAGUGAUAUCAGAUGGAUGCUCACUUCAUCGCACCUGCUCCCGAUAGACCAAAAAGAAGACGAAAAAAGGUUCCCAGUUAUUGCAAAUAUUUAGUCACUGAACAUGGUGUAAGAGGAGGUGCUCCAGUUUGAUGGGAGGGUCAAUCUGAUGUGUGUGUGAGUGUGUGUGUGAGAGAGAGAGUGUGUGUAUUCAUAACAUGGAGGUCAAACAGAAAGCAUGAGUAAUAUAUUAAUGUGGAGCUAAUAAAAGGCGUCCUUAAAGAGCAGUUAUAGUCACACUAAGCUGCACUGACGUUAACCUGGCCCAUAAGAUGCUGUGUGCUGGGAUCUAUUGUGGCCUUCAGUUGAACUUAACAAAUUAUCCCGCUCAUGUAAACAAUGUGCUUGUUUUGCGGUCAGUUACAGAGUUCACUUGAGCGUUUUGUAUCCAGGUCCUCUGAUCCUGUAUGAGAGGUGAUGAAUUAUGUUCAGCCGAUACAAAUAGUCCUGAAGGAUCUUAUCGCCUGGGCUGCUCAGCAUGGAGGAGGUAAAAACAGCAGAGGAUCUGUUUGUCAUGUUGACACUGCUGCAAGGAGGAACACUCGAGGGACUGCGUUGUCCUUCUCACCCCAUAAAAUGUCUAGCAAUUAGCUGAAGUGUCUGAAAAAAAAAAAAAGGUUGAUAAACAAGUGCCUGUACAUUUUUCAAACAAAUUUUGUACAUAUGUAUUUAUUUAUUAUGCUUUUAUUACGGAUUAGCUGGUAUUGAACUAUUGGCCUCUUUGGCAUCUUUCAUAGGUGCAAUGGUGAAGGCUGUCUCUGUGAAAAAGAUAAGUUAUUUGUAUAGAUGUGGUAUAGAAGCAUCAUCAGAGCUAUAAUUUAUUUUAACAUUACCAAUUCUAUCCUGUAGCUUUGAUAACAUUACCAAGUCUUUGUUUCAUGUGUGAUCUGGUUAUGUAUUGAAUGAGCUGCAGAUGAGAAUAUUGAGAGUUAUCAGCAUUUUACCUUGUGGUUGCACACCCUGUAUCAGCUUCAAACUUUCUGUAACAAACUGAGAUUCUGUGUGAUUUUCUUACAGCUUGUGGCAUUUUUGAUUUUAGUCUUGCUUUAUUACGGUUUUUAUAACCACUUUUUUUUCAAGAGAAAUCUGUUUUAUUAUCAAACUAAGCUGACAAAAACUACAGGUAUCUUUGAAGUGGAUGGAUUUUAGUCAUUUUGCUGUCAACCAAAUCUUAAUUUCAAACUAAAGUGCCAAUGUUGAAACUGUAUUUAGGACAGAAGUGACCGUGUCCCUAUGUUACUGACCCAUUUUUUUAAAAGUGUUGUCAAAGAUUUCAGUCAUUUGUGUGAUUUCACGUUCACAUUCAGCCAUAACAAACUGUUCAUUUCACUUUCCAUCCAUCAGAUUGUGUAUAAAUAUGCAGCUACCAAAUAGAUUUUAUACAAAAUAAAAGAACUGCAUCAAUAAA